AUGGGCUCUUUCAGCCAGUGCCACCCACCACCGAGCUGUGCCAAUGCGUCAGAGGUGACUUCCAGGGACCACCAGACCCAGACGCCUCCCUCACCCAGCCACCGGAUGCCUUCAGCCCCUCAGCUAAUGAGGGAGGCCAGGCUCCCUGUGGGGGCUCUGGAGUGGAGGGGAGGUAUAAAAGGGCAGGGGGGGGGUGCUGUGUGGAAGGCAGGGGAGAGUGGGGCGUGAGCAGGGACUCAUGGAGUCUCAGCUGGAGUUACAGUGCAGGUCAAGCUCACUUUCCACCUGGAAAUAGAAGUAUGAGUUGUUCCCUCUCUUUGUUACUGUUGCAUUGUAAGGGUGUAUGUAGACUAGAGGAGAAGCUCUAUGUUCCUCUGUAAGAACUACCUCACAUGCAUAAUCUGUCACUCUUAUCUAUUUAUCUAUCUAUCUACACAUCUAUCUUUCUAUCUAUUUACUGGAUCUAUCUAUCCAUAUACUGUCUACCAUCUGUACAUUAUGCCCUUGGAAGAUAUUAGAUAUCCCAAUCUCCAGUCAGUAGAAAGCAUGUAAUCAUCAUAGUGGGGUGUGCAAGGAAUCAUCCUGAAGAUGUUAAGAGGAUUAGCAUGUGUAUUUAUUAACCAUCGGCACUGGUUGCUCACAGUGCAUUUAUUAGCCAUAAACCUGCUCCUUUCACUGUGGAAUUAUUCCAUAGCUGUAAGAGCAUUACUGGGAUUACUGCUGUAUGCUGAGGAACCGUGCUUAGCUUUACACAAGGAGACCUGCAGAUAUGUGAAGGUUUACAGUCCGGAUUACACUUUGAAGAGGUCUGGCUUGCUGGUUUAACACCCUGGUAUUAGCUGUGUUAAAGAUGGUUCUUGAAUGUUGUCGCCAUAUCCGUGGUAAAGGUUGAAAUUGGGCAAUUUUGCGUUGCUACGGCCUGAUCUUUUUCACUUAAUGCAUUGUUGUUAGAUGGCAAUACUCUGUAUUUUGAUAGUCUAAUAAUGCCUUUGUAAAGGAGAUGGAGGCAAACUGUUGUCUGUAUCAUGUAAUGGCUUUAGGGUGCAGUACAAAUGGUGUUUGUUGACAGAGAACGAAAUGUAAGAGAACAAAGGCAUUAGAGUUUCAAAGCAUCUGAAACACAACCAUUAUGCAAUGUGACCUUUGCUCUCUGUUCUUGUUCUCCAUUUUGAUUGUUAUUCACAUACUGUGUGUGAUGUUCUUACUGUGUAUUGUAUUAAAAGCAGGGACCAGUGCAUUGUACUGUUUACUUCACAUCACAGUGUACAUGAAGCUAACACAGUAGUGUGACACUCCUAGCAUGACACUUUGACAGUUUAUCUAUACUGUCCUAUUGUCUUAACCUCAGCCACCUUGGAUGCAAUGACAUGUGUCACUUGCAGCGCUGAGAGUAUUUAGUUGAUUGACAUCCUGGCAUUGGUCUUGCCUGACGACUCAAACUGAAUUCUUCAUUCGUUACAUACUUCAGUCUGACACUGCAAUCAUUGAAGUCGUUUGUGGUGGCGUCAAAAUGAGAGGUGUUGUACAAAACAAAGCCAUCAGUGAUUUGAUCAUCUCUAACCAAUCAGAGAAUCAAAGCCAAUGACGUCUCCCGAGUGGCGCAGUGGUCUAAGGCACUGCAUCGCAGUGCUAGCUGUGCCACUAGAGAUCCUGGUUCGAAUCCAGGCUCUGUCUUAGCCGGCCGUGACCGGCAGACCCAUGGGGCGGCGCACCAUUGGCCCAGCGUCGUCCAGGGUAGGGAAGGGAAUGGCCGGCAGGGAUGUAGCUCAGCUGGUAGAGCAUGACGUUUGCAACGCCAGGGUUGUGGGUUUGAUUCCCACGGGGGGCCAGUAUGAAAAGAAAUAACAAAUAAUGUAUGCACUCACUAAAUGUAAGUCGCUCUGGAUAAGAGCGUCUGCUAAAUGACUAAAAUGUAAAAUGUAAAUGUAAUGAAUUAUCAAAACGUCGCUUUACCCAUGUGUGUUUUGGCUCUGGCCUAACCCUGGAUUGCUGAUGCUAUGUAUUGGCCAUUGAGAGGCUUUGAAGCCACCGGUCGGCCAUAUUGGCACUCCCCAGUAGGAGCAGUCCUCCAUAGGAAUGAAUGGAAUUCUACAGUAUUUUUUAUUCAAGGACAAAAUUACAUUUAUUUUAGCAUUUUCUGUUGUAGUGAGGACAGUAACAUUAGUAAUAACUUUAAAAACAAGUACGUUUAAGGAAUUUUUAAAAUAUUUAUUUCAUUUAAAAUGUUUUAUGUUUAGCUCACAUAAUGUAAAAGUAUUCAUUAGGGUGUCUGCAUUAAGGUGUCUCUAGACAUUAAUACAUGCAUUUCUAUAGCUUCCAAAAUAUUUGUUAAAACGGUGGGGGAGUGCAAUGUUGGAGGCAUGGUGGCUUCAACACAGCGCCCCCAUCAGUCAUAUAGUGUAUAUAUAAAUCCUUGGGCCCAAACCAUCGGUUUCUGGGACCAAUCAGACGGUCUAGAACGUAUUUCCAUUCUAGAAAUCGUAGGGAAGGUACUCAGAUCCAGACUCAUUGCAGAGAAGAAACUCAUGUCUGUGGGCGUGGUGUAGCGUUUGGCCGGAGCAAGGAGUUUUGGUAGCCAGGCAAGCAGAGGUCACUUUCCCUACAAUAACAGAGUGUGUGUCAUGACUCCGACAGAAAAUAACUGCUAUAAAAAGAUGACAUUGAUGAUCAUAAACAUUGACAUAUUCUGUUUACAACAGCACUUCAGCCUCAUGUUACUUCCACCUGCCUGAAAAUGGAAAGAUUGCAAUGAUAAAGAUGAAUGUUUCCUCAAAUACAUGUUUUGUUUCAAGCUGAAGUGUCAGAGUCAAGUGAUGUAUUAAUGAUGAGGAAUGAGCAGGUGUUGUUAUCUGCCAGUGCAUAUAUUUGCCAAAGAAUUGCUUUGAAUUGUAUUAUAUUGCCUUGAGAACACAACCAUAGAGAUAUACAAUAGACAACAUAAUGGUGUUCGAUUUCGUUCUGUGAGUAGGACUGUGUAGAACUGAGAAAGCCAUUACAGACAGACAUCCACAUUUAUCACAGGAGGUGGGAGAGAACACAACACUGCCUUGAAUCAAAGAGAGAAGACAAUGAGAGAGCAUCCAUUUUCUUUUCAUGAAACACCCUUGCUUCAAUCAUUCCUGAAAAGAGAGAGCGGGAAAAGAGAGGGGAAUAGUUGAUACUUGUAGAAGGAAAGCAAACUCAUCCGCCAGCUAUAGUACAGUAAACUGCAAGCUUUGGAGGAAAUUCACAGCUCUGUGUUUAUCAAGAUAAAUUAUUGCAGAUAAGGCCACUGGAAUCCAGGGAGGCCGUAGAAGCUACCGGCCAUUGGUAGAUCCAUGAAACACAGCUCUCUAGGUCUCAUAUGCACUCCAAUGAAUGAGGGAGGAAGGGGGAGAAAGAUAGAAGAGGAGGAAGAAGAUUAAACGGGUACAGGGAGUUGCUAAAUUGCUGCGCAUGUUCCCCCCUCAGCAUUUUCAGGCCUUGUGUUGAAACACAAACACAGAAGCUCACCCCCUCCCCCUGCCUGUGACUGCAGCACUAUGGAUAUGUAGAAACAGAUACAGGAUACUAAUAAUAAUAAAUAAUAUGCCAUUUAGCAGACGCUUUUAUCCAAAGCGACUUAGUCAUGCGUGCAUACAUUUUUGUGUAUGGCUGGUCCCGGGGAUCGAACCCACUACCUUGGCGUUACAAGCGCCGUGCUCUACCAGCUGAGCUACAGAGGACCACAUAGCAGCUCUGUCUCUGUCUGUCUGUAUUUCUUUCUCAUUUAUUUAAUUUUCGAGGCAGGAGAUAAUAGGGUUUCGUUAAUGGUUUCCCUUGUGCUUUGCUCUGCCGUGUGCAUGUGCCAGAGGACAUGAAAUGUGCCGUUUUAUUGGAUCCCAUCUUCUUUCCUCUCUUUUAUUGUGCUCUUUCCAAGCGUUUGAAGUGAAAAGCACAUAACAAGGACCUGAUCCAAAAUCUUGCACAGUCAUUGUGAAAUUAAACCCGGGCACAAUGAAAGGAAAGGCAUGAGAUAAAAUAAUUGCUGUAAAUGUGCCUCAGCAAUCAAGCCAUUACCGGAGGUGACAGCUAAAUGAAAAGACAUUACGUGGGCCAUUUAACGAGCGGUCUGGGUUAUUCGUGCCAUGACAGACAUUCAAGGAAGUACAUGGUAUCAUGAAGUACGAAAGGCCAUCGGGAGUGUCAGGCAAAUCCAACAGCUAGGGAAAGUUGAGACAGGGCAGUACAAAGGGGAACUAAGAUGCCCUAAAACUGUGUGUGCGUGUGCAGAAGUUAGAGGGAGUGUGAGGGAUACAGUACAUCCAUAGCCACUCUGAUCACGUCUGGCUCCAGUGCCUGCCUGCAUGUCAGAACUUCUGGCAAGCUGGAGAUAUCACUCCAAUCCAAGGUCCCCCAUCCCAAACGCUAGGCCUGGUGAGCCUAAUUGGCUAAAUUUCUGCUGUAAAAAGUUGAAAGAUUAAGCGAAAGGGAGCUGUGGGUCUGGCUGGUCCCUGCCGACGCCAGCGGGAGGUUUCAGAAGAGCCGCCCAUGAGACAUCUGCAGCGUAGUGAUAACAUUUGUCCUCUGUCUUUGGGAGGAGAGCGAGAGAGUCCUCCAUUAGUCAGAGAGAGCGGUGGAGGAUGGAGAGAGUAGACAGAGAGAGAGAGGAGACAGAGUUUACUGAGAGAGAGCGGCGAUAUAAGCUUGGUGGGUAGGAGGGGAGUAGGGGGUACAUUGGUGGUGCUAAGAGAAACUCUAAACCCACCGGCUCUCUGGCCCUGGUGUCUGGAAAGGCAGAGAGCUUCAUCUCUGUCAUGUACUGGAUAUGUAUUCACAGGUGGCCCAGGGAGAGUGGAGGAAGGACACUGCCUGCAGGCCAUAGCACUGAGCCUAGUCAUUACCCAUUCACACACACGCAGAGAGCCAGUGAAGAGGAGGGCGAGGCGGGGCGGGGCUGGACUGCAACAGGACCUUUCCAUAAUGGCACCGGGAUGCAUGGAUAGUUUUGUGGAGGCUGGCCUGGCUGACAGGGUGUGGUGGGGAGGAUUUCAGAGGGUCCAGUGAGGCUGAUCAGCAGUGUAUUAACAUUCCACACACUGUUGGAUGGGUGGAGUGGAUUGGCAUAGAGGGAGUGUCUGGAUCAGUGUCAUUGCGCUGCUCUCUGCCAUCUCUAGCAGCAGAGGGAUGCAGCAUGGCACAGCGGUAGCGAGGGCAUACACAGCAGCUGGUGGCAGGGAGUCGUGAUGUGGUGUGCAGCGGGCGAGCUACCGGCUCAUUUCCUCCUUCCUAUGCUCACAUGAAUACAAAAGGGGUAGUGGGUACACAUUUGAUGGGUACACAAUGCACCUCAAUGACACACACACGCUGAUAGACAAACAGCCCAGUCACACGCAGGGUACUCCAACACCUACACACACACUCACACACUAUCCAGGCACACACACUCACACUCACUGCUUUAAAAAGAUGGCACGCUGCGGCAGCUGCAUCAAUUAUUGACGGCCUUGGAAAGGUCCGGGCUCUUGCUUGUUGGAUUGGGCUCUGGAACUCUUGUCACGCACUCAAUCCUCCCUAGAACCCACCCCAGCCCCCUCCCUCCCUCCUUCCUCCACUCCCUGCCUCAGAGUGGAUCCUGACUGUACACCAGUUCUUCUCCUGGGUUUUUUUCUACACGUACACUAGGUUUGCUCUUGACAUAUUCAUCCUCCACGCCCACUCUCUGUUCUCGCUCUCUCUCCUCCUGUCCUCACUCUCACUCUCUACCUCUCUCUCUCCUCCUGUCCUCACUCUCACUCUCUACCUCUCUCUCUCCUCCUGUCCUCUCUCACUCUCUACUUCUCUCUCUCCUCCUGUCCUCUCUCACUCUCUACCUCUCUCUCUCCUCCUGUCCUCUCUCACUCUCUACCUCUCUCUCUCCUCUUUCUCCCUCUCUAUGUUCUCUCUCUCUCAACACACAGACACUCCAUCUUCCUUGUCGUCCAUCCUCACCCAACCUCAUCAUAUCUCACUGCUGCUCGUCUGAGUGUACAUUUUUCAUACCUGGAACGAGACAAUAUCCUCCACAUACAGUAUGUUCUCACAGCAGAUAUCUCUAACUGCACUCAAUUGCCAUAGUACAUAUUUUUACACCGAGCAAAAGUGUGUUGACAGAUAUAUACAGUGGGGAGAACAAGUAUUUGAUACACUGCCGAUUUUGCAGGUUUUCCUACUUACAAAGCAUGUAGAGGUCUGUAAUUUUUUAUCAUAGGUACACUUCAACUGUGAGAGACGGAAUCUAAAACAAAAAUCCAUAAAAUCACAUUGUAUGAUUUUUAAGUAAUUCAUUUGCAUUUUAUUGCAUGACAUAAGUAUUUGAUCACCUACCAACCAGUAAGAAUUCCGGCUCUCACAGACCUGUUAGUUUUUUUUUAAGAAGCCCUCCUGUUCUCCACUCAUUACCUGUAUUAACUGCACCUGUUUGAACUCGUUACCUGUAUAAAAGACACCUGUCCACACACUCAAUCAAACAUACUCCAACCUCUCCACAAUGGCCAAGACCAGAGAGCUGUGUAAGGACAUCAGGGAAAAAAUUGUAGACCUGCACAAUGCUGGGAUGGGCUACAGGACAAUAGGCAAGCAGCUUGGUGAGAAGGCAACAACUGUUGGCGCAAUUAUUAGAAAAUGGAAGAAGUUCAAGAUGACGGUCAAUCACCCUCGGUCUGGGGCUCCAUGCAAGAUCUCACCUCGUGGGGCAUCAAUGAUCAUGAGGAAGGUGAGGGAUCAGCCCAGAACUACACUGCAGGACCUGGUCAAUGACCUGAAGAGAGCUGGGAUCACAGUCUCAAAGAAAACAAUUAGUAACACACUACGCCGUCAUGGAUUAAAAUCCUGCAGCGCACGCAAGGUCCCCCUGCUCAAGCCAGCACAUGUCCAGGCCCGUCUGAAGUUUGCCAAUGACCAUCUGGAUGAUCCAGAGGUGGAAUGGGAGAAGGUCAUGUGGUCUGAUGAGACAAAAAUUGAGCUUUUUGGUCUAAACUCCACUCGCCGUGUUUGGAGGAAGAAGAAGGAUGAGUACAACCCCAAGAACACCAUCCCAACCGUGAAGCAUGGAGGUGGAAACAUCAUUCUCUGGGGAUGCUUUUCUGCAAAGGGGACAGGACGACUGCACCGUAUUGAGGGGAGGAUGGAUGGGGCCAUGUAUCGCGAGAUCUUGGCCAACAACCUCCUUCCCUCAGUAAGAGCAUUGAAGAUGGGUCGUGGCUGGGUCUUCCAGCAUGACAACGACCCGAAACACACAGCCAGGGCAACUAAGGAGUGGCUCCGUAAGAAGCAUCUCAAGGUCCUGGAGUGGCCUAGCCAGUCUCCAGACCUGAACCCAAUAGAAAAUCUUUGGAGGGAGCUGAAAGUCCGUAUUGCCCAGCGACAGCCCCGAAACCUGAAGGAUCUGGAGAAGGUCUGUAUGGAGGAGUGGGCCAAAAUCCCUGCUGCAGUGUGUGCAAACCUGGUCAAGACCUACAGGAAACGUAUGAUCUCUGUAAUUGCAAACAAAGGUUUCUGUACCAAAUAUUAAGUUCUGCUUUUCUGAUGUAUCAAAUACUUAUGUCAUGCAAUAAAAUGCAAAUGAAUUACUUAAAAAUCAUACAAUGUGAUUUUAUUGGAUUUUUGUUUUAGAUUCCGUCUCUCACAGUUGAAGUGUACCUAUGAUAAAAAUUACAGACCUCUACAUGCUUUGUAAGUAGGAAAACCUGCAAAAUCGGCAGUGUAUCAAAUACUUGUUCUCCGCACUGUAUAUCUUACUGUAUUGCCACAAAGUAGUGUAUGUACCGAGGAUACCGUGGUUGUAAACAUGUUGUAGUGACCUUAGUACAACACCUUGCAACCUUGUCAAGAGGUUCAGACCUCUUGGUGUAAUGGCUAAGGUGACCUGUGUUCAAUUCUCAGUCAGGCUACCCUCCAAAUCCGCUGCAAUAUGGAAGGGAACAGCUAUUGUGACAAUAGGACUCCGAAAGAGACCGAGAUUGAGACGGCUCAAUAUUUCAUUCAUCCCCCAGCUCACCAUGGUCAAGGCCAAGCUCUCUCUGCUGCACACACCAGCCAAUAUUCACGCUAGCUCCACUGACAAAUUUGAUAUUUUGCAUGAGUCCACUUCUGUCUACAAAAAAAAAGGUUUAUAAAGGACAAGAAGCUCAAAUGGAGGUUUCCAGGCCUGGACAGAGAGGGUUCAUUUUACAGAUCGUCUGAAUGAUUAAACCAUUCUUCUCCUCCAUCUGACAGUCUAUUGGGACAUGAUGGCCUGAGGAAAUGAGAUAAUACUAAUGUUUAAUCUACUAAGGGACUGGAGCACAGACAGACCAGCAGACUGCACCCUGCAACACAUUAUCUCACCAGAGUGGCACAGGUUGAAAUAACACACACACACAGACAGGACAUGCAGUUACACACACAGACAGGGCAGUACAAGACAGGACAUGUCAUCCUGGCUUUAUUUCAUAACACUAUUCCCGGCCUGUUAUCCGCAGUGCCUAUUUUUCCAUCUCGCUUCAUGACAAGAUGCCAGCCCUCAACCCAUUUCUUUAAAUGUGAUUUAAAUAGAGAGAAUAGCAGGAAAGCAAUAACACAAUGCAGUGUUCAUAUAAAGAGGCCCUGAGCUGUGUCUGGGAGUGACAGGCUCAAGACAGAUGACAGAUUGAGUGGAGAGAUUGUGUCAAGCCUCUCACAGUGAUAGUUGUAGCCCUACAGCAUGUAACAUGGUGAUAUGUAGCCUUAUCUGAAUUGCAUAGCCUACUGUUUGAGGACUAGAGCAUGUAGGGUUGUAUGUAGCCUUAUCUGAAUUGUAUAGUGUACUAGAUUUUGUAUUGUUGACCUUUAUGUGAAAAAGUGAAAAGACUGAUAUUAUUGUGCUAUUAUCAUGUGGUGAAGUGAUACCUCCACUACAUGGUGAGUCACCUGCAGUCAGUUCAUACAUGGUGAUAGGGAUGGUAGUGUGGAUUCCAUGAUAAUGACUGUGUCAAGGAAAUGCAAAUGUGUGUGUGUGUGUCAGUCAUAUCACAGCAGCUGUCAGUAGAACAGAUUCAGACUUGAAGAUCGAGGGCGAGGAUGAUAAAAAAAUAAGGAAAGAGAGGCACAGUCUGUUCUGAAGCAAGAUGCAGUGUCAUUCCACAUUCCAAUGUGUCAAUUGUUUCUAGGAAUUUGUAAAGAAGGCGCUCUUGCGAUGGAGGUUUCAGAGAGGAGGCAGACAAGUCGUAGCAGGGCAGUGUCCAGGGGGAGGACAUUUAUUUAAUGUGCAGGAGAGUGGGUGGCAAACUGUACACUGUGUAUAUUUGUACAACAAACAGGACGAUGACUAAGACAGGUACCAUAAACUGGGGAUAACAAAGUAAAUCAAAUAAUAAGUUAAACUCAAAUAACGCAGGCCUCAAUCAUGCCUGAACCAGCAGUAUGCCAGCCUUACCCCUGUCUGCCAGAGACCGAAAUGACAAGGCUUACAUAAUACCUGGGAUAUCCUCCCACCUAGAACAUACCAAUAUUGACCAAUCAAAUAUCACCGGCAUGAAAUAAAGACAUGAAAUUACCAAUAAGCAUGUGUAGGCAUUUACAUGGAAAUUGUAUAAAUCCACAAUCUCCAAUAACAGGUUAGCAAGAAACAUGUAUAAAGCAUACCAUCGACAGGGGUAAGCAGUCAGAAUAUCAUGCACGGACUGACACCAGCUCCGUGCCAGAAUUCUUGAAAACAUUUUGUCCGAUGUUGUCUUUCCCCACAAAUGCAUACUUCCAUGUUGACGGGCAAUUUAAUGGAUGUAUAAACUGAACAACAACCAGCAGGCAACGCUAAACAUGCCUAACCAACCAUUCCUCCAGCCAUCAGUGACCUACUGAGCCCAUAUCACUGAGCAAACAUGGAGACACAAUUAUCAGACACAGACAGUGAGAGCGGGCGAAAGAGAGAGAGAGAGCGAGAGACCAAGUGGCGUGUUUGAAAUUCUGCAGGGAGCCAGUUGCUACGGUAACAGGGAAGGUAGCCAGCUCCGGUGGGAGGUGUUUCCAUGGCAACGGGUCUCAGUGGCCAAGUGAUCCUGCUGAGAGGGAGAAAGAGGGAGGGAGGGAGGGAGGGAGGGAGGGAGGGUGGAAAAUGUAUGCGUAAGUGUGUGAUGUGAGCAAGCGAGUGAGAGAGUGGUAGAUGGAGAGAGGUAUGAUAGAUGAGAGGAAUCUGAUGAAAAACGUGUGAGUGUGUCAUCGGGGUGUGCCGUGAUGCGUGUUUCAUUAAUUAGUCCUUUAGCGGAGCCUCCGCUCCUCGUGGAAAUUUCCUACCCUCACUUCACAGAGAGAGAGGGAAAAUAAAGAGAGCGAGAAGGGGUGAGAUGGAGUGUGUGAGAGCUGGGUUCCCCUGGGGCCUCAUUUAUAAACCGUACGUACGUACAAAAUAUACCCCAAAAUGUGCAUGCGCAAGUUUUCAAGCAAAAGUUGGUAUUUAUAAAAAAUGUACUUGACAUGAGAAUGUGCUCAUCUCCCCGCAAUCUUUAGACCAGGGCUCUCCAACCCUGUUCCUGGAGAACUACCGUCCUGUAGGUUUUCAGUCCAACCUUAAUCUAGCGCACUUGAUUCUAAUAAUUAGCUGCUUGAUAAACUGAAUCAGGUUAGUUAUAACAGGUUGGAGUGAACCUAGAGGAGGGUAGCUCUCCAGGAACAGGGUUGGAGAGUCCUGCAUCAGACCAUGUGUAUGCACAUCGGCUAGUGUUCUACUGAAAGCUGACAAGUAAGUAUUUUGUGCUAAUGGGGGAUAUGAUGAAAAACGUAUUCAUAAAAAAACUAAUAACAGGAAAACAUAUUAACAAGAAUGCAACCAUUUGCCAUUAGUGAGAAGAGUGAAAAUCUGUUUGUUUUUUUAGAAUCAGAAUUAAUUAUACAUAGGAAACGUAUAAUUAGACAUAGGAAUCGUAUAAUUAGACAUAGGAAUCUUUUUCACCAAUUUUAUUUUUUCAUAACCAUUGCAGAAUAUACAGUAUUCCUCACCUUUUCUGGCCAUGAUGGGUUCAUAUUCCCUAAGGAGCCAUACAACAAAUUACCACGCACAUCUCUCAUUUAAUUGGACCUAGUAGCCUAGUAAAUAGAUACGCUAUACGUAUUUAAAGUUUUGCAUUAUCGUAGGCAGCACGGUUUAUAUUACCGGUAUACAGUCGAAUGUAACAGCUGAUCUUUUACGUUGAAGUAGGCCUAUGUGUAUCAAGUUCCAAGUUUUUAUUGUCAUGUGCACAAGUACAGUGAAAUGCCUUUCUUGUUUGCUCAUUCCCAACAAUGCAGUAAUGAAUAUCAAGUAGAACAAAAACACAGAAAUAGAACUGUAAGUACUGUAAUUUAAGUUUUUGGAGUAGCCUGCCCUACAAUGUUUCAGAAUUCACGGGCAGUCCAUCAUAUUUAGGUUGGUUGAAUUCAAACGUUCUGCUGACAGGUCCAUGACAAUUUACCAUAGUUUUUUCAUUCAGAAACUGACAGUCCUUUUCCAGAUACAGCGUAAAUUACUGCUAAAGAUGAAAACAUUCUGCCAACAACGUAAAUAGACCGGUAGCUUAUGUAAAAUCGUUGACAGUAGGGUAGGCUACAGUAUUGCUGUGCGAUUGGAGCGUGACAUCAUUGGCUAUUUAAUCGCAAAGCCUAUAGGAAGGCAGGACAAAGAAACCCAAUAAUCUAUUGAUAAACUAAAUAUUGAACAAUAAUUAGUCUUUUCCAUGCCGUGGCCUAAUGCCAAUGGUUCCAAAUUAUACAGCAAAUAAAGGGUGUUAUUGUCACCAUAAAAGGUGAAUGGAGGCGUUUUACAUGCAUUUUAAUGCUCGUUCAUGUGCACACUGUUAUAAAUCUCAAUAUUUCUGUAUGUGCGCAGUCUUUUCAGAAAUGGCGCACGCAGAAAGUUAGUGUGAAAUUCACGCAAUGGUUAUAAAUGAGGUCCCUGGCCACCUCAGUGGAGCACAGCAGAGACCCCAGCCUCCCCACAGCUCUCUCCACAGCUCUCUCCCAGGCAGCCCCAGAUGCUCUGCCUCCUGUUCAUUAAAAGCACAUUAGCAGCUCCUUUAUUAUCAUGAACAAUGUGCCAAACAUGCUGGGGUGGCAGGUACAUGAGAGACAUGGGGGGGGGGGGGGGGGGGACGACAUCGUGUGCACUCACUCAGUAGGUGUUGGGGCCAGACCUCAGGGCUUGGAGUGGCCACUUCCCCACCACUUGGGAGUGUGAAUGUAAUGUGUGAGCGUUCAAAUGAUACAACACAAUGUCAGAAUGGCCAGGACAAUAGGUCAAACCUGUGAGGUGUGUGGGCUUCACAGUGUAAUUGCAGGUGUCUAGUUUGUGUAUUGGCCUUAUGUGUGUCUGUGAGAGCAUGUGCACGUGCGUGUGCGCCUUUAUAGAGUGAUCUCAGCUUUUAUCUUGUGUUGUCAGCCACAAUGGUCGAAUAAUCUCUCAUUUUAACCGCCUCUGCCAUCCCUCAGUUCCCCCCCCGCCACACACACACAUACACACACACACACACUGUCUGAAAUAACUCAAAGCCGUAUUUCCAUAUAAUGCAUCUGCCAUACAGGCACUCCGGAGAACUGCAGGGGCAUGAAUUUGUGUGAGGGGGGAGAGAGGGAGAGAAGUAAAGUGAAGGAGAGGGGGAUGAGUUCCACGGGUAAAAAUGAGUAGUUGUAUUCUUCACCGGAAUCUAAUAUAUGGGAUACAAUUAAUUGGGUGCAUGCACCGCUCAUGUUACACAUCUCUCUCUCACUCUCUCUCUCUGACACUCCUCCAAUCUUAACUACCAGUGGUGUGGGAGUCAGUCUGUGUGUUUGGCUGAGAGAUCAAGCAGUGGAAUAUUCCAAAUUCACCGCCAUCUAUUAAAUAUGCACACGUACCACAGGCCCACGGACCCCCCGCGCCAAAUAGCCCUGCUUAGGAAAACCUCCUGCAUACAGAGUAGGACGUAGAGAACAACUCAGAAAGCCAUUUCCAGAGAAAGUAUGCUGGUAGUGAAGGGGAGAAAAUGAUGCACAGAUCCAUUUUAAGAGAGGCAGAGCAGAACAGAACAGAAGACAUCUCCUGGGAGAGGGGGAAAUACUUCAAUAAAGAUGGCAGCAGAGAGAGAGAAAGAGGGAGAGAGAGAUGUAGGGAACAAGGCCUAGAGCAGGAGACGAGAUGAGAGGAGAGGAGAGCUGACAGAUCAGAGAUGCUGCCUGACAGAAUACACACAUGAAUGAGUGGAUCAAAAUGUUGAUCCAGAUGUUCUAAAUCUAUUAUGACAUUGUUUUAAUACCUCCUCAAAUCUGGCCCCUGUACAGUAGUCUACAAUGGCUCUGCCACUCAUGUACCUCCUUGUAUUUUAUUUUAAAGAAAGACCGAAUGAAAGGAAAGAAAAAAGCUUAGUAUCGUCUUUAUCCCCCCCAAAAUCCAAUCUCACGCAUUUUCCCUAAUCUCCAAUAACCUGGUGGAUUAACAAUUUCACACUGGUAACAAACCCAGUUCAAAGCACCGGCUGUCUGUCAGCCAGUUAAACGUAGGGUGGCUGAUUCACCACGCUCAAAUCGAGGAGAAAAGGAGAUGCAGUCCUGUCUUCUGUCUUGGCUGUGCUGUCCUCUCCUGUUCUGGCUGUGCUGUCCUGUUCUGGCUGUGCUGUGCUGUGCUGUCCUGCCUUGUCCUUGCUGUCCUGUCCUCUCCAGCUACAGGCCUGGUUAGCCUGCUUAGCUGAAGCCCACGCUGUACUGGUUCACUAUGUCACUAUUAUUAUAUUUUUUAUGUUUCAUUUGAAUAAUGAGAGAUAAAAAUAACGUUAGAUUAGAUUGUAUUAGGCCUAUGCUUUAUUAAUCACUGUAGGGAUUUUUUUUUGCCACCUUGGCCAUGGCAUAAAACACACAUGCAAUAAAAUGACAGACAAGCUUACAUGGUAUCAUAUAUAACAAUGGUUUCAUGUUAAUCUAGUAAUUUAAACCAUUAAACCAUUGACAUUGAGUAAACAUAUCAUCUCUGUUGCACACCAGCUCUUUAGAUGCGCUUUUACGAAGGAUAAUAUUGUAUUUUUUAGGCAAGAUAUGUAGCUGACAGACUGUGAAACAGGAAUAGGCCUUCAAAGAUGUUUUAGAGAAAAGGAAAUUAGUUGACAGUGUUUAGGCCAUGGUGUUUUUAUCCAGCCUGUUUUCUUCUCAAUAUCUCCUUAAAUGUGUUUACACAGAUAGGUGUUGAGGCUGCUGUCCAUACUGCCAGUCUUUAUCUGAGGCAAUCAGCCAGUCGCUGAGUGAAGUCUCUAGUGCUCAAUCUCUGAUUGGGUGGCAGUGGAGUUGACAGUUGGGUGUUGCAAUCAGAGGGAUCUGCAGUGCAACUCCAACUAGAGCUAAGCCUUUGAUUCCUUAAACCCCUGAGGUACAGAUGUAGGAUCUUAAUUUGACCAGUAUUAUUAUAUAUGCAGUAUGUUAUAAAAUUCUCAGCAACAAAAGGGUGUUCAAAUUAAGAUCCUACAUCUGUAACAGUUCAGCUGGGAGGCCUUCAUCACAUCUGGAAGAGUUACACAACACUUGGCAUUAACAUGAUGACGUUACCAGUGUGAUGUUCACUGUCAUGGACGACCAGUAUGUUACAUGGAAAUUGCAUUUCAUGGUUUCUGUCGAUGGAACAGGUUAUCUAAUGUUAAUUUCAGUGGACAUGUUGUUUAGCUUCUGUUGGGUAUUGACUGACUGUUGGGCUUUUGAGGUACAGGAACAUUUUACAGCCUACAAACGCAAAGUUAGACAAGUUCAAUUUCUCAAAGUCCAAGAUCCUCCAUAGUCCGUCAGUGGAGACAUUGGCACAGCAGGACAUUCUGGGCAGACCUCUUAUGUUGUUUGUGUGUUUGAAGAUCAGAACAGUUACUGUAUGCACGUAGGUUCCCACUUCUAGUGUGACGAAGGUCCAUGACUCAGAGAGAGAAUGCAUCUGUCAAGACGUUGGCGUCAGAGAGGGGGAGAGAGAAGCGAGGUGGGGUGGCCUCUUUUUAACCAAACACUACAUUCUCUAAAGAGAAAUCCUCCCUACAAUAGAACCGUCACUAUAACAAGUCUGGGAAUGAGUGCCUCAAUAGGAAUCAUUCCAGAGCAGAUUAAUCAUUUUAGUGUCAAUGGGAGUUAUUGUGUUGAUUGGAUUGUAAGGGUUUCAUUGACUGUUAGGAUUACUCUUGCUGUGUCUUCAGUCUCUGUUCUAUUGUUUAGUAAAUGGAGAGAAAGUAUUAGGUAAACAAAUGGAUAAUAACAAAAGCGGUGCACUAGUGUAAGUCCAUAUUUCAAAUGACUAAAGCCUUACCUCUAAUGGAAGAAAACAGCUAGAUAAAACCCUUGGUGUAUGAAUGGCUUAUACAAACCACUGCUAAAGGAGUGGAGAGACAGACUGUGGACAGAAGAUGGAUACAUUGAAUGGAAUGAUUCAAAUGUGCUCCUACGCUAUAGCAUUGAUACAAAUACUAUGUGCGUGUGUGGGUGUGUGUGCGUGUGUGCGUGUGUGUGUGUGCUUGUGGUGAGUCAUGGCUGCGAACCCAUCUGUGUGAAUGUGGGAGUUGUGUGGAGAAGAUGCCUACAAGUCUGUUGGGUGAUAUGCUCCUGGACCUGGACUGGUCCCAUGGUCUGUGGGAGACAGAACUCUGCCAGCCAACCACAGCCUCAUGACUUCAAGAGGAGUUCGGGACCUUUGCAGAGGAGAGAUGACUACUGUAAGUCACGACUUGCUGUGCUGAUUAUUCUCCAAGCCAUAGCCUGAUAGGUCUGGAUGAUAAGUAGACGCUCAGAGAAUGGAGCUGUAGGCUAGUAAGGUUUUUUCUACUAAGUAUCUGUGAUUCUUUAUAUGUAGAGACCAGUGCAAAUAUGGCUCUGAAAAAUUAUGCAUAUGUUUACUUCUAAGAUGUAUAGCCACCAUAGAAAUGGAAUCCAAAAAAUAUGACGAUCACAAUCAUUAACUGGUUUCUCUUAACUACUGACCAAUCUCUCCAUCUCUGGACCACAUCUGAAAUUAAAUGAGAUGUUGCUCUGUGGGAUUUGGCUGGUUUCUGGCCGGUGCUGUGGCCCUAAGUGACCUGUGGGGUGGCCAGGGUGAUUAUAGACCAUCUGCUCCCAGUGGGCCCAGCUGGACGGGGCACUUCUGUAAUCUGGUUGGAUGAAGUCAGGGUCACUGAGGGACAAUGAUGUCACAGCAUCACCAUAAAUAAGACCCUCUACCAGGGUGAUCUAAGCCAUGUUUUACUUGAUUUGAUUGUGUAAGGUAUCCAUUCGUUUCUGGGUUGAAGGAAAGACAACAAUCCUCCAUUACAGGGAGAGAAUGUGUUUGACUAGAUGUCCAGUUAAUUUUGUUUUGUUUUAUAUAGUAUCAAUCAAUCAAAUGUAUUUAUUAAGCCCUUUUUAUAUCACCAGAUGUCACAAAGUGCUUAUACAGAAACCCAGCCUCAAACCCCAAACAGCAAGCAAUGCAGAUGUAGAAGCACGGUGGCUAGGAAAAACUCCCUAGAAAGGCAGGAAGAAACCUAGAGGAACCAGGCUCUGAGGGGUGGCCAGUCCUCUUCUGGCUGUGCCUGGUGGAGAUUAUAAGAGUACAUGGCCAUUAAGGCCAGAAUGUUCGUCAAGAUGUUCAAACGUUCAUAGAUGACCAGCAGGGUCAAAUAAUAAUCACAGUGGUUAUAGAGGGUGCAACAGGUCAGCACCUCAGGAGUAAAUGUCAGUUGGCUUUUCAUAGCAGAUGGAGGGUUGAAACAGCAGGUCCGGGACAAGGUAGCACAUCCGGUGAACAGGUCAGGGUUCCAUAGCCGCAGGCAGAACUGCAGAAACUGGAUCAGCAGCACGACCAGGUGGACUGUGGACAGCCAGGAGUCGUCAGGCCAGGUAGUUCUGAGGCAUGGUCCUUGGGCUCAGGUUCUCCAGAGGGGAGAGAAAGAUGGGCGAAUUAGAGGGCGCAUACUUAAGAUCACACGGGACUAGAGCACUAGAGUUCUACCCGUUCCGAAAUAGACCUUUCCCAACUGGACCCGAUAUGCAUACAUUAAUUUGAGACCGGUUCCGAAUGGACCCGAGGACAACUAGACCCGUUCCGUAUAGACCUGGUCGGAUCCAGACCCGAUCUGAAUGAGGGAAGCAGCAGAAAAGUCAUUUUUUAAGCUACUUUAGUAACCAGAGCUGAUAAAACUCGAGAGGGAAAGAGAGGUGCCACUCUAGCAGGUGGGGGAGGGGCCAAACUGUGAGUGAGUGACACGGGGAGUAGAGACGAGAGACAACAACCAACCAAGCCGACUCGCGCUAUAGUAGACUAAAAGCUGCCAUAGCUAGGUUAUUUAUCAUCAAUAUGAUUCUGUAGUACCUGUCUUGACUGCAUCAAACUGGGAGAAGCUAGUUAAGCUAACAUUAGCUAGCUAGGCUACUUGAGGCUGCAGUGCAUGCUCUUUCCCAUCCUACAGUUACAAAUAACAACAACUCCUUUCAGAAUAUUAAGUAGCAGCCUACCUGUUGGCUCUUGGUUGUUGUAGCCUAUCCUUCUCCUUUAACUUUUAAUUCUGUCAUUUUAAUUCCAUCUUCCAUUGAUUAGAUAUCUCCUAACUUGUGCCACACACAGAGGCUCUAUGACUGUAGCCUAUUGCCGCUUUGGUGACUUAUGAUUGGCCAACAACAACCACAAAAACAAGCUACACGCACCAGGCUCCACUCUUGUGAAAAGCAAGAGCAGCAGCAUAAAUGAUCAAAUGUAUCUCUCUCUCUCUACUGCAGCAGUCACGUUCGGAUCUGUAAGGGCCUUUCCGGACAAGUCAGUUAAAAUGACACACACCCGAGACCCAUGACAAACAUAUCAGAUUCGACCCAGAUCCAUUACAUUAUUUAGAAUUCUGGAUCCAAACCCACUCGGGUCCCGGACCAGGUCUCGGGUAUUCGGUCACAGGUGGAUCCGUGAAGUCUUCUACACAGGACACUAGAUAAGAAAGGAUAAUUACACCAGCUAGGACAGACCCUAGACCCCCGGCACAUAGACUAUUGCAGCAUAAAUACUGGAGACUGAGACGGGGGGUCGGGGGACACUGUGGCCCAGUCCGUCGAUACCCACGGAUAGGGCCAACCAGGCAGGAUAUAACCCCACCCACUUUGCCAUAAACACAGCCCCCACACCACCAGAGGGAUAUCAACAGACCACCAACCUACUACCCUGAGACAAGGCUGAGUAUAGCCCACGAAGAUCAUAGUAAACAUUGUUCUAUUGAUUUUAAUUAAUGACAGCUUUUAUUGAACAGUGGCCUCCUAACCAUAUCCCUGGUAUGAUGUCUGCUAUUGUGCAUAUAAAAUUGCGUAUCAAAUUGGCCACCCAACAAAGAUAGCGUACAUUGGGGGUUAAGACCAGCAGGUUAAGGGUCUACCAAUCCGCCACCAAACUGUUGUGUUAGGUACCCAGCACAAACUGGAAACCACAACAAUUAGCAGUGUGGUUUUAAUUAGUAUGGAGCAAUGAUGGGGGUCGAUGUUGAGAGCUAACCUGCCUCCAAUAUGGCAUCCUAUUCCCUAUAUCGUCCAAUUCAUUUUAUAAAUAUAGUGUACUAUUUGUGAUCAGGGCCCCCAUUUGGGACUCACACCUUAACUGUCUCCACGCUCCACCAGACCAGACUCUCUGCAUCCCUGUGUGUCUGACGCGCCUCUCUCAUUAUCAUGUGCCCAGGCUGCCUGGCAGAUGAGGAAGAGACCCUGGCAAAGCCAAUGAAUAAUUAAACACUGUGAAUACGAUGAUGAAUGCUCCCAAAUCCAUUUGACCAUUUAGUAUGGGCCCAGGGACGGGACGGAACAAAGGCAGAGUGUGGGGCUUUGUGUGGAGGUGGUGAAGGAUGGUGAGGGCAGGAAGGGUGGGGAGGGAAGGUAUGGUGGUGAGGGAUGGGGAGGGGAAAUUAUGGUGGUGAGGGAUGGGGAGGGAAGGUAUGGUGGGGAGGGAUGGAGAAGGAAGGUUGGUUGGUGGUGAGGGAUGGGGAGGGAAGGUAUGGUGGUGAGGGUGGGGAGGGAAGGUAUGGUGGGGAGGGAAGGUAUGGUGGUGAGGGAUGUGGAGGGAAGGUAUGGUGGUGAGGGAUGGAGAGGGAAGGUAUGGUGGUGAGGGAUGGGGAGGGAAGGUAUUGUGGGGAGGGAUGGAGAGGGAAGAUAUGGUGGUGAGGGUGGGUGGGGAGGGAAGGUGUGUUGGGGAGGGAAGGUAUGAUGGGGAGGGAAGGUAUGGUGGGGAGGGAUGGGGAAGGAAGGUUGGUGGUGAGGGAUGGGGAGGGAAGGUAUGGUGGGGAGGGAUGGAGAGGGAAGGUAUGGUGGUGAGGGUUGGUGGUGAGGGUGGGUGGGGAGGGAAGGUGUGGUGGUGAGGGAAGGGGUCGGUGGGGAGGGAAGGUAUGGUGAGGGAGGGAGGGAAGGGAGGUUGGGGUGGGAGAGGCUGGCUGGAGAGAGCCUAGAUCAGCAGUCAGUGGGAGGUGUGAGGGAGGGAGGGAGGGGAGGGAGGGAGAGGACAGAGAGCAAAGGGAAUGUGGGAGGGAUGGAGGGAUAGUCUAGAAGGGAAGGAUAGGACAGAGAGUGGAGGGGUGGAUUGAGAGGGAGGGUACAGAGAGCAAAGUUAAGGUGGGAGGGAGGGAAGGAGAGGACAGAGAGCAGAGGGAUGGGAGGGAGGGAGGGAUGUGAGGGAGGGGGCACAGGAAAUGUGGGAGGGAGGGAGGGAGGGAGGGGGCACAGGAAAUGUGGGAGGGAGGGAGGAAGGGAGGGGCAGCAGGGCCGGGCAGCGUCCCACUAUCUGACCAUCUGUGCUGCAGAGGACCACAGAGACAGGCACAGCAAGGCUUCAGGCUGUGUGUGCGUGUGUUUGUAAGUGUGUGUGGACGUGCAUGCCUUUCUGUGCAUCCGUUCAUAUGCAUUCAUGUGUUUUGAAUCUGUGUGUGUGUGAGUACAUUUGUGUACAGAAUGUAUCCCAGUGUAUGUGCUUAUCUGUGUGUGGAAGUGUGUGUGUGUGCCUCGCCCUUGCGGUGGGACCCGGCCAGCCAGCCCACAGGGAGGAGGGUUGUAAAUAAGCAGGUGAAAUAACCCAGAUCCCUGCUGCCAGGGGAUUAACCCCUCAGAGGUCCCAUGUCUCCGGUUCAACACCCGGCCCCACUGAACAUCCAUCAACAUCAGUACACCAGUCUGAACAUAGACUUACCAUGGCCACAACAUGGUCCUCUCAACACGCAACCCUUAGCUACUGAUCUAGGAUCAGCUGACCCUCCCCAAGUCCUAACCUUAACCACUAGAAAUCCAAACUGACCUUAGAUCAGUGCCAUUAGGCUAGGACUCCUCCCCCCACACACAGGAAGUGCUGAGCCAAAUGAGUCGGUGUCAGGCGUGCAGCUCAGCUAACAUUUAUGGCAGGGCCAUCUGAUGGAUUAAAGGGGUUGACAGAUGAUGGAGUGGCUCCUCCCCCUCCGCUGCCUGGCCUUGCCGUGUAGGGCUGGGAGAUUGCAUCAUUAAAGAGGAUGAAGUCAUCCUGCAACAAAAGGCAGGCAGGGGGGAACAGGUGCUGCAUAUUUAAUUAGACAAGGGGGUGGGCCGUGGUGAUGCCAGACGAAUAUGCAAAUUUGAUGGCAGCCCUGGCCUGGCACGAGCUCAGCCCAGCUGACACAGAGAUAUUUAUGGGCAAGAUUAUGGUUUUCAUUUGGUCUCUUUAUUUGUCUCCUGUACUCAGUCACACACACACACACACACACACAUGCAUCUGCUUAUCACAUCUGCAUUGCAUCUUAACUACCUCCUAUCAGAGGUGCAUCUGAGAAAUGAGAAUGACUCUCUCUCUCUUUCUUCAUGCUAUGCUAGGAUAUCCCCAGACCGCUGUGCUUCCCUCUGCCCGUUGUGCUCUUUGUGUCAGAGUACUCAAUACCUCCUUGGGAUGUUUUCUUCCUUGGAGGCUAGGGAACAUAGGGACUAGGGAGUACUGUUCAUGAAAGGAGUAGAGAGUCCAUCCAUCCCCAGUUAGUGGAUGAUGGUGAAGGAGAGAAAGAGAGGGAAAUAUCAAGGGACAAUGAGGAGCAAGCGAGAGGGAAGGAACCAGGAAAAGGCAAAAAGGCAAUCGAUGUCUCUGGGCUUGUGUCAACAGGCAAUUAUUAAUGAUAAGGUGGACUCUGGCUCUUUGGCUCUGUGCCUCUGCAGUGGUGGAGUCAGGGAGCACUCCUCUAAGGUGUGAUAUGUGGGAGAGAGAGAGGGGGAAGGGGGAGAGAGAGGGCCUUGAAGGAGGUGGAGGGAGAAGGAUGGGGAUGGGGCACCACACACACACACCCCUCCUGUCUCUCUCUCUCUCUCACACUCUCACACACACACACACACACACACACACACACACACACACACACACACACACACCUCAGCUCACACUGUACUGUACAUCUCUGGGAGACAUCCAGUCCUUAACUGUCCAAUUAAGGUUGGCCCAGGGGGGAAAGAACAGAACAGAGCAGCUCUCUAGCCUCAGCCUCUCUCCUCUCUCUCCUUGGAGGAGCUGGGUAGUUGUUAACAGAUUGGGAGGUGUUAUUGUGAAGCAGUGUGGAUCAGGACGUCUCAGCCAGCCGGCCAGACCAGUCAGCCGGCCGGCCAGGGGUGUCUGUCUGAGAGGCUCACGCAACUGUGGUCACAGCAGAGAGGUCUUAGUGGUCUUAAGCCUAAUUGACUAAGAAAUAUAAUGAAAAGCCCCCAUCCUGGCAGGCAGAGGAACCCAGGCUGGCUUUUCUACUGAGCAGAGAACGAAGAGACAAUUAGAGCUAUAAUUAAGAGGAGUCAAACUGACAAAACAUAUGUUUUAUGUGAGACUAAUUCUCAGUUCCAUGAUGACUAAUACUAAAAGUCUACUGAAUAUAUUGAAAAAUAAAUGACACAUUUUGUGGUAAGUAGUACACCUAGAAAUGUGUUUGAGCUACCUCUCUAUCCUGCUACCCUUUAGCAAGAGCAUCUUCUCAAUUGACUGCCUUGGUUAGAUGGGGGCUACACUUGACUGAUUGAUUGAUUUACCAUUUAAACAGGAUUUGUGUCUGGCUAGCAGAUUCUCCUAGUGUGCCAAGGCAAACGCCAAGACCACACCAGCACCUCUCAUUCAGGCUUUUGGUACUUCCUCCUAAAACUCGUUUAGACCAAUUAGCAGAGGGCAUGCUGUCUUGUCACAGCCAGAUAGAAUCCAUCUCCUGACAGGGACCUAAACAGUUAGGAUGUUGAUGUUCAAAAUGUUCCAGAUAGAGGUGUAUUGUAUAGAAUAUAUAUAUAUAUAUAUAUAUAUAUUAUAUUAUGUGUAAUAAAGUGUCAUGCCAGGUCUAUGCAGUAAAUUUUUAUCUGCAACCCACCAGAUUGAAUAGGACCCAGGUGACUGUUGAACAGGUGUGGUAAACAAUUGUCAUAAGUAAAUGACGGUGACGGCAGCUAGUUCCUGUUCACACGCAUGUAACUGUACCGUACCUUACUGUAAACAACAGUGUUAGUCAGCCUGUCUGUUUCACUGAGAUACAAGGCUUCUUUAAUGAGUCGGUGUGUGGGUGGGAGAGUUUACAUCUCUCCUGGGUCUCUCUAUUGAAAUUCACAGAUUUCAUGCAUUUAUGAAUGAAACACAAAUUGAGAGAUACUGCACCUUUUAUGAAGCUAGGCAGCCUUGAUGUCAAUUCAGAAUUUGAAUUAUGAAUUUCAAAAUGACUGUAAUGCAAAUAUGCCAGGGCUUAUAUUUCCAUGUCAAUGUAUUUACUAAACUGAAUGAAAUGGAGCUCUGAUUGGAACAUUUAAACUUUAGACUAUCAUGGCCUGCAGUGGUACUUUCAUGCCAUCAGACAUGUGACUUUCCCAGUUAGCGCCAUACUGAGACACUGCGUGGGUGGCAGUCACACCACGGAGGAGUAGGAGAGAGUGGGAGGGUGUGAUGUCUGUCCUUGCGUGAUGGUUGUCAUGGUGGUGACAUGGUGAAAUACAGAGCGAUUAUUCCCAAAGUGGGUCAAAGACGGCAUGAGUCCAUAACUGCUGGCAGGGCAUAGUAACUUUGAAGAGGAGAGAGAGAGAAAGAGAGGAGGAGGAGAAGAUAGAACAAUGUAUUAACAAAUCCAGGGCACAUUUAGGGAACGCAGGCAGAGUGUUUGUGAUUAGUAUUUGUUAUCACAGCAGGCCCAUCUAAUCUGGUGGUGAAUCAGGGAGAGCAGGGAUUGGCUGAGGUGCUGCGGAGCCUCCUCUCCACGCUGGAGGUCAGGCCCUCUGGCUCCAGAUGGGUUCCUAUUGAUCGGAGGGAGCGUGGCGAUCCAGUUGCAGGCGUACACCAUCGAUUUUCUGCUGAAGUGCAGGACUGGAGAGCGCAGGCUGCAGGGGGUGGGGGUGCUGGAUGAAGGCUGGAGCACAGCAGUGCUGUCAGGUCAUCUUCUCAAAUAUCCAGAAGUAUUUUUUGUGCCGUUGACCUUCCCCCGAGUAGAAGAGACAUAUCUAUAUAACCACUUCCUCAGCAGGCACAGUGGCUUGUCAGUGUGGGCUGUGUGUAGCUUAAGCAAGCACUUUUAUUCACACACACACACACAAACCACUGACACUUUCCUUAACACACAUCAAUAACAUGCUCCCAGAAAGCUGCCAGUUCAGCAGAAAUCAACAUCUCUAAGCACCACUCUUACUAAUAUGCAUGUUUGGCAUCAAACAGUUCUAUGUCCACUUACUGUAUAUGGGGAGAAGAAUCUAAAUUCACGUUGAGUACCAGUAGUCAUAGACUUGAAUUAAAACAGUCACGUUGAGUACCAGUAGUCAUAGACUUUAAUUAAAACAGUCACGUUGAGUACCAGUAGUCAUAGAGACUUGAAUUAAUAAAGCACAGAGCUAAGAUUAUCGCUGAAUUCCAAAUAAAUUGGGUAUCUCUACACCAUUCUGGCGCUCCAAACCCCAUUCCUCAAGGCCUCGCUCAGCCACGUCCAUACAGCUUUAAUUAUAAUCCAAUCAACUCAUUAUCAUAGUUUACAUUCAUAUCUAAAGUGGGGCUCUAAUGCACAGACUCCUCCGGUCCUAUUAUAUUUAUUGUAUAUUUAUUCAUGGGUUUUGUAUAUAUUUAUUUUGGAUAUACAUUUUAAUUAGAACUUCAAACACUUUAGCAGCAGUCGGCUGAGGCAGAGCUUCCCUUUGAUCAGACGUCACUCGCCCUGCUUUCCUCUCUCUCUUUUCUCCUCUCCCCCUUACCCAUGGGCAUCUUGAUGCUAAUUGGCUGAGUGUUGCUCUUCUUGCCUGUCAGUCCAUCUGUUCGUCUAUGGAGAUUAAAGCAGUUGGGCCAGUCAUAAAGACGGGUUGAAUGGGUUCUGGGUUGCCAAUUGCCAGUUUCAGGAUGGAUAGUGAUGUUGUUGGAACUUUCCGUCAUAUCAGUUUUCAUGGCCCCGUGUAGUUUGCAACGCCAGGGUUGUGGGUUCGUUUCCCACGGGGGGCCAGCAUGAAAAAUGUAUGCACUUACUAACUGUAAGUCGCUCUGGAUAAGAGCAUCUGCUAAAUGACUAAAAUGUAAAUAAGUUACUCAUGGCUGUUCAGCCAGAAGAACGGCAAGACUGAGCUGAAUUAUUUGUUAGGUAGACAUUCAAGCAUGUCUUUGAAAUAUUCCUCUACUUUUUCUGCACCAAAGAGGAGUCAUAUCUCUGUGCUAUAUAUACACUGUAUGUGUGAACACAACACCUGAUAACUCCAUCCCUCUAUGUCCCUUUCUAAAAUAAUCCUAGUGAAGCAUUGACGUCAUAAUACCCAGCUUGUGUUAGAAAACAAGCAUGUUUGGUCUCUACAUCUGGGGAGAUUAUCUCCUGCAGAGUGUACAUCAUUGUCUCCCCUCCCUCCUCUACUCUCCUCCUUUCCUUUCCUCUCCCUACCCUUCCCCUCCUCCCUCCCUCUCCUGUGUGUUAAUGUGCUUGAAGUGGCCCGGCGGUCAAUGAGCUUGUAUUAACACCUGACUGGGAGCAGCGGGGCCGGGGCCGGCUGGUGUUUGUUCCUCCAUGGUGCCUCCCCUGGGCCCAACCCCCAGGCUGCAGGCAGAGGGAACGGAUCCCAUGAUCAAUAACAACAUCCUAGACCUAGCAGGCUGCUGAGAGAGGGUAGGAAAGAGAGAGGAGGGUGGAGAAAGGGUAGGAAAGAGAGGGGGAGGGAUAAUAUCCCACCCCUUUGUUUGUAUUGACUGCUAUUCACCUCUCUCUCUCUCUCUCUCGCUCUCUCUCUCUCUCUCUCUCUCUCUCUCUCUCUCUCUCUCAGGACAAUCAUAACAAAGUAUUUCUCUCCCUCCAUGUUUCUACCUUCUUCCCUCUCUCCUUCCAUCUAUUACUCUUUCUAUUUCUCAACUUCUCUUUUCUCUUCCUACCACACCUCACCCCCUCUCCUCUCCCUGUCUACCUCCCUCUCUCUAGGCCUUGGCCAUGGCGGAGGUGAAUGGUCCGGGGCCCCUGGUGGCCGAGCCGCAGAUUGCCAUGUUCUGUGGGCGUCAGCUGCUGCAUAUGAACCCUGAGACUGGCCAAUGGGAGCCUGACCCUCAGGGCCGCCAAGGCUGCUUCACAGAGCCCAACCAGAUCCUGUCCUACUGCCAAGAGGUAGGAGGCAACAACACUGCUAUGGUUAUGAGAUCGACCUCAUACUGCACUGUAAUGCUCAGCUCAUCUCCAAUGCAAUUCCAAUGCUGCUGCAAUAGCAUACUAGAAAGCAGAUACUUUAGAUAGGUGGAUGGAUUUAAAGAUCGAGUGGUAGAUACAGUGCCUUCAGAAAGUAUUCAUACCCCUUGACUUAUUCCACAUUUUGUUGCGUUACAGACUGAAUUCAAAAUUGAUAAAAAUAUUUUUGUUCUUACCCAUCUACACACAAUAAUGACAAAGUGAAAACAUGUUUUUGGAAAUGUUUGCUAAUUUAUUGAAAAUGAAAUAGAAAAAUAUUCAUUUACAUAAGUAUUCACACCCCUGAGUCAAUACUUUGUAGAAGCACCUUUGGCAGCGAUUACAGCUGUGAGUCUUUCUUGGUAAGUCUCAGUCUAAGGCACUGCAUCUCAGUGCUUGAGGUGUCACUACAGACCCCCUGGUUCGAUUCCAGGCUGUAUCACAACCGGCCGUGCUUGGGAGUCCCAUAGGGUGGCGCACAAUUGGCCCAGCGUUGUCCAGGUUUGGCCGGUGUAGGCCGUCAUUGUAAAUAAGAAUUUGUUCUUAACUGACUUACCUAGUUAAAUAAAUGUAAAAUAAAAAAUAAAACACCUGGAUUGUGCAACAUUUGCCCAUCAUUCUUUUCAAAAUUCUUCAAGCUGUUUUAAAUUGGUUGUUGAUCAUCGCUAGACAACCAUUUUCAGGUCUUGCCAUAGAUUUUCAAUUAGAUUUAAGUCAAAACUGUAACUCAGCCACUCAGGAACAUUUACUGUCUUCUUGAAAGCAACUCCAGUGUAGAUUUGGCCUUGUUUUUAGGUUAUUGUCCUGCUGAAAGGUGAAUUCAUCUCCCAGUGUCUGGUGAAAAGCAGACUGAACUAGGUUUUCCUCUAGGAUUUUAUCCGGAAAACUCCCCAGUCCUUAACGAUUACAAGCAUACCCAUAACGUGAUGCAGCCACAACUAUGCUUGAGAAUAUGGAGAGUGGGACUCAGUAAUGUGUUGUGUUGGAUUUGCCCCAAACAUAUAAAGGACAAAAAUGUAAUUGCUUUGCCACAUUUUUUGCAGUUUUACUUUAGUGCCUUGUUGCAAACAGGAUGCAUGUUUUGGAAUAUUUUUAUUCUGUACAUGCUUCCUUGUUUUCACUCUGUCAGUAAGGUUAGUAUUGUGGCGUACAGUAACUACAAUGUUGUUGAUCCAUCCUCAGUUUUCUCCUACCACAGCCAUUAAACUCUGUAACUCUUUUAAAGUCACCAUUGGCCUCAUGGUGAAAUUCCUGAGCGGUUUCCCUCCUCUCCGGCAACUAAGUUAGCAAGGACACCUGUAUCUUUGUAGUGACUGGGUGUAUUGAUACACCAUCCAAAGUUAAAUUAAUAACUUCACCAUGCUCAAAUAUAUUUAUUUUAAAAUUUUUACCCAUCUACCAAUAGGUGCCCUUCUUUGUGAGCCAUUGGAAAACAUCCCUGGUCUUUGUGGUUGAAUCUGUGUUUGAAAUUCACUGCUCAACUGAGGGACGUUACAGAUAAUUGUAUGUGUGGGGUACAGAGAUGAGGUAGUCAUUCAAAAAUAAUGUUAAACACUAUCGCACACGGAGUGAGUCCAUGCAACUUAUUAUAUGACUUGAUAAGCACAUUUUUACUCCUGAACGUAUUUAUGCUUGCCAUAACAAAGGGGUUGAAUACUUAUUGACUCAAGACAUUUCAGCUUUACAUUUUUUCUUGAUUUGUAAACAUAAAAAAAAAAAAUCAUUCCACUUUGAUAUUAUGGGGUAUUGUGUGUAGUAGGCCAGUGACCCCAAAAAAAUCUCAAUUUAAUCAAUUUUAAAUCCAGGCUGUAAUAACAACAUUCUGAAAAAGUCAAGGGGGUGAAUACUUUCUGAAGGCACUGUAAAUGGGUAGACAGACUGAUAGAUACAGUGGGGGAAAAAAGUAUUUAGUCAGCCACCAAUUGUGCAAGUUCUCCCACUUAAAAAGAUGAGAGAGGCCUGUAAUUUACAUCAUAGGUACACGUCAACUAUGACAGACAAAAUGAGAAAAAAAAAUCCAGAAAAUCACAAAAUCACAAAUUUUUUAUGAAUUCAUUUGCAAAUUAUGGUGGAAAAUAAGUAUUUGGUCAAUAACAAAAGUUUCUCAAUACUUUUAUAUACCCUUUGUUGGCAAUGACACAGGUCAAACGUUUUCUGUAAGUCUUCACAAGGUUUUCACACACUGUUUCUGGUAUUUUGGCCCAUUCCUCCAUGCAGAUCUCCUCUAGAGCAGUGAUGUUUUGGGGCUGUCGCUGGGCAACACGGACUUUCAACUCCCUCCAAAGAUUUUCUAUGGGGUUGAGAUCUGGAGACUGGCUAGGCCACUCCAGGACCUUGAAAUGCUUCUUACGAAGCCACUCUUCGUUGCCCGGGCGGUGUGUUUGGGAUCAUUGUCAUGCUGAAAGACCCAGCACGUUUCAUCUUCAAUGCCCUUGCUGAUGGAAGGAGGUUUUCACUCAAAAUCUCACGAUACAUGGCCCCAUUCAUUCUUUCCUUUACACGGAUCAGUCGUCCUGGUCCCUUUGCAGAAAAACAGCCCCAAAGCAUGAUGUUUCCACCCCCAUGCUUAACUCUUCGGAGUCUGGAGCUUUUUUGGCCGUUUUUGGGUACCUUCAAUUUUGCCCUGAUAUACUACAUAAAGAAAUGUUUACCAGACCAAUGUUGGGUAUCUUUUUUUUCAGCACAACCUCACCUAUAUGAUCUGUUAGUAAGUUUUUCACUUUGACAUACUAUUUCAACACACUGGACCCAAACACACACAGAAAACACAAAGUCCGUUUAGAAAAAAGAUGGUUUUUUUUAUUGUAAAACCCUCAAACAUGGUGAACCAAGCAUUUAAAAAGCUUCAAAUUGAACCACAAGGUGCAAAUAUGAACAUAUAAAAGUAUUUUGGUGAUAUAUACAAGCAAUAAAUAACUAUUUACAAUAAAAAGUAGGUAUAACCACUGGCGUUUUUCUUCUAUUCUAACCCUAAACCUUUUUGUGCCACUCCUCAAAACAGUUUCUGUCCAAAAUGAAAAAAAAAGCUUCAAAUUGAACCACAAAGUGCAAAUAUGAACAUAUAAAAGUAUUCUUGAGAUAUAUACAAGCAAUACACAACUAUUUACAAAAAAAGUAGGUAUAGCCACUGGCCUUUACCCUAUUUGUGCCACUCUUCAAAACAGUUCCUGUCCACAAUGACACAGAGAGCCACAUCACAGGCCUUGCACUUCCAUGGUGUGACAAACCUCUUCUUGUCAACUUGUUUACAGCGUUGACAAACCCUGCGGCCUGCUGUGGCUUUGUCUUUGGCCUCUGCAACAUUGGCAAUGGCCACAGGAACAUGGCUGGUGCUUUUUUGAAGUGGAACCCCUGUCUGAAAUACUAACUCGUGAAAAACUCUCCAAAACUACUCAUGAACUGAACUAAUUCCUCUCGUUCGUUCUUUCGCAAUGGCUAGUUGUCAUGGGAAUGAAUGUUUAUAUACUCGUGUGCAUCCUGAAGAACCGGGUUAGCACAAGCACACGUUUUUUUCCGUUCCUUUUUAUCACAAAAGACGACAAAGUUAUUAUAAUAAAUGCAAAGCGCUCAUAAAAGAGCGCAUAUUUUGACGCACUUUUUUCAUGGAAUUGAAAUUAUCAUAACUUUGGUUUUAGUUGGUGUAUUUACAUGAAACAAACACUCAAAACGUAGCUUCGGGUCUCCAUUUCUGCAUGAAAUCGACGGCAGCCCUCUGCGUCACUUGGUUUGGAUGCUGCGCGGUCCUAAAGCCGGCCCGCGAUUUGAACGCGCCGAAGCGUUCGCCGACUCGGAAGAGUUAACAGUAGGUAUGGUGUUCUUUGGAUGCAACUCAGCAUUCUUUGUCCUCCAAACACGACGAGUUGAGUUUUUACCAAAAAGUUAUAUUUUGGUUUCAUCUGACCAUAUGACAUUCUCCCAAUCCUCUUCUGGAUCAUCCAAAUGCACUCUAGCAAACUUCAGACGGGCCUGGACAUGUACUGGCUUAAGCAGGGGGACACGUCUUGCACUGCAGGAUUUGAGUCCCUGGCGGCGUAGUGUGUUACUGAUGGUAGGGUUUGUUCCUUUGGUCCCAGCUCUCUGCAGGUCAUUCACUAGGUCCCCCCGUGUGGUUCUGGGAUUUUUGCUCACCGUUCUUGUGAUCAUUUUGACCCCAUGGGGUGAGAUCUUGCGUGGAGCCCCAGAUCGAGGGAGAUUAUCAGUGGUCUUGUAUGUCUUCCAUUUCCUAAUAAUUGCUCCCACAGUUGAUUUCUUCAAACCAAGCUGCUUACCUAUUGCAGAUUCAGUCUUCCCAGCCUGGUGCAGGUCUACAAUUUUGUUUCUGGUGUCCUUUGACAGGUCUUUGGUCUUGGCCAUAGUGGAGUUUGGAGUGUGACUGUUUGAGGUUGUGGACAGGUGUCUUUUAUACUGAUAACAAGUUCAAACAGGUGCCAUUAAUACAGGUAACGAGUGGAGGACAGAGGAGCCUCUUAAAGAAGAAGUUACAGGUCUGUGAGAGCCAGACAUCUUGCUUGUUUGUAGGUGACCAAAUACUUAUUUUCCACCAUAAUUUGCAAAUAAAUUCAUUAAAAAUCCUACAAUGUGAUUUUCUGGAUUUUUUUUUCUCAAUUUGUCUGUCAUAGUUGACGUGUACCUAUGAUGAAAAUUACAGGCCUCUCAUCUUUUUAAGUGGGAGAACUUGCACAAUUGGUGGCUGACUAAAUACUUUUUUUCCCCCACAGUAGAUAGAUCACACAACAUUACGAAUAGGAGUAGUAGUAACCAACCCUAAUCUCCCACUCUGUCUCACUUGGUUUGUCUUGUCCUAUCAAAUCUAUAUAUUUCCGUAUAUAUAGUGGAGUGAUGGUGGUCAGGAGGAAAUAUUUCUUGAUAUUUCCUGAAUAUUAAUACUAUCAUCCAUCGAUCUUCCUGCUGUUAGCUGCCACGUUUAUCCCCCUAAUUCCUGAAAGUCUCCUGCAUGCCAAACUUAAGGCAUAUCAAUGGCACAACAGGCCUAGCCACAGCCUUGGUUUGAUUAGUUACUCGCUGCUCCCCCUCCCAAAGAAGAGCAAGGAGCCUGUUUUUAUAAAUGGACAUCAUGAGCCACCUGUUGGCUAAAUGAAGCACAGCAUGUAAAGAAAACAGCAGUCACACAGUUCAAAUCAAUCAAAUUUUAUUUACCGAAUACAACAGGUGCAGACAUUACAGUGAAAUGCUUACUUACAGCCCUUAACCAACAGUGCAUUUAUUUUUAACAAAAAAGUAAAAAUAAAACAACAACAAAAGUGUUGAGAAAAAAAAGAGCAGAAGUAAAAUAUAAUAACAGUAGGGAGCCUAUAUAUACAGGGGGGUACCGGUGCAGAGUCAAUGUGCGGGGGCACCGGCUAGUUGAGGUAGUUGAAGUAAUAUGUACAUGUGGGUAGAGUUAAAGUGACUAUGCAUAAAUAAUUAACAGAGUAGCAGCAGCGUAAAAGGAUGGGGUGGGGGGGCAGUGCAAAUAGUCCGGGUAGCCAUGAUUAGCUGUUCAGGAGUCUUAUGGCUUGGGGGUAGAAGCUGUUGAGAAGUCUUUUGGACAUAGACUUGGCACUCCGGUACCGCUUGCCGUGCGGUAGCAGAGAGAACAGUCUAUGACUAGGGUGGCUGGAGUCUUUGACAAUUUUGAGGGCCUUCCUCUGACACCGCCUGGUAUAGAGGUCCUGGAUGGCAGGAAGCUUGGCCCCAGUGAUGUACUGGGCCGUACGCACUACCCUCUGUAGUGCCUUGCGGUCGGAGGCCAAGCAGUUGCCAUACCAGGCGGUGAUGCAACCAGUCAGGAUGCUCUCGAUGGUGCAGCUGUAGAAUUUUUUGAGGAUCUGAGGACCCAUGCCAAAUCUUUUCAGUCUCCUGAGGGGGAAUAGGCUUUGUUGUGCCCUCUUCACGACUGUCUUGGUGUGCUUGGACCAUGAUAGUUCGUUGGUGAUGUGGACUCCAAUGAACUUGAAGCUCUCAACCUGUUCCACUACAGCCCCGUCGAUGAGAAUGGGGGCGUGCUCAGUCCUCUUUUUUUUUCCUGUAGUCCACAAUCAUCUCCUUUGUCUUGGUCACGUUGAGGGAGAGGUUGUUAUCCUGGCACCACACAGCCAGGUCUCUGAUCUCCUCCCUAUAGGCUGUCUCAUCGUUGUCGGUGAUCAGGCCUACCACUGUUGUGUUGUCGGCAAACUUAAUGAUGGUGUUGGAGUCGUGCCUGGCCAUGCAGUCAUGGGUGAACAGGGAGUACAGGAGGGGACUGAGCACGCAUCCCUGAUGGGCCCCCGUGUUGAGGAUCAGUGUGGCAGAUGUGUUGUUACCUACCCUUACCACCUGGGGGCGGCCCGUCAGGAAGUCCAGGAUCCAGUUGCAGAGGGAGGUGUUUAGUCCCAGGAUCCUUAGCUUAGUGAUGAGCUUUGAGGGUCGUAUAGUGUUGAAUGCUGAGCUGUAGUCAAUGAAUAGCAUUCUCACGUAGGUGUUCCUCUUGUCCAAGUGGGAAAGGGCAGUGUGGAGUGCAAUAGAGAUUGCAUCAUCUGUGGAUCUGUUGGGGCGGUAUGCAAAUUGGAGUGGGUCUAGGGUUUCUGGGAUAAUGCUGUUGAUGUGAGCCAUGACCAGCCUUUCAAAGCACUUCAUGGCUACAGACGUCAGUGCUACGGGUCGGUAGUCAUUUAGGCAGGUUAUCUUAGAGUCCAGUUGAAAUGGCUGUAAUGUGAUUACCCAGCUCAUUAUGCGUCUGUGAUUGCUUUUCCACAAAAGCAUUCCUUUUUCCUCAACGUCUGUGGAUCCGGCUCUCAGAGAGCGUGCCAAAUACAUUUCUCAAUCCAUUAAACCUCAUUAUAGGGCAGUGUUUAUGCCAUUGCCCUACAUUAUAAUUGAAAGUAGUCAGAUGUGAAAUUGGGAUUAUUGAAAGAAUUGGAAGUGGGAUCGUAUAGGUCAACUUGUUUUCAGACUGCAAUUUUCCCUACAAUUUAAGGAGAUCAGUGAACGACGUGCAUAGUCAGAAAAUAGACCCUUAGGGCCAAAGUGUUUCACACCGUUGCAUGAGUCUCUCCUUUGUUACCUUUCUCCCUUCCUUCUUCCCUCUCCUCCUCUCUCCUCCUCUCUCCCUCUCCUCCUCUCUCCCUCUGUCUGUACUGUACGUCUCCCCUCCCCUCAACCCUCCUUUUUCCCUCUCAAUUUGUCUGACCCUGUUGUAUCUUUCCUCUCUCUCGUCCUAACUCCUCCCUGAUGUCCUGUCUGUCCAUAUCGUCCGUCCAUCUGUCCCUCCGUCUGUCUGUCUCCUCGCCGUCUGUCUGUCCGUCCAUCUGUCCAACCAGAUGUAUCCAGCCCUGCAGGUCUCCCAUGUGGAGGAGUCCUCCAGCCCCGUCACCAUCCCAGCCUGGUGUAAGAAGGGCUGGGGCCACUGCCAGACACGGCCCUUCAUCGUCAUGCCCUACCGCUGCCAGGGUAAGAACCACACGUGUGCAAUGUCUUCACCCUCAGCCUCAUCAUCAUCAUCAUUAUAAUAUUCAGCAUAUCCCUACACAAACAUCACUCAAAACAUUGCACAACUUCCCUAAGAUCACCCGCCCCAUAUCUGAGGAUAACUUUAUUAUGUUAAUAAGUAACAUCAUGUCAUCAUUAUGUUUAAUACAAAGCACGUAAUUUCAAUGAUAUGGUUAAGUAGCGUUCAAAUUCAGCCUCGGGGAAGUAAUAUAAGAAACGGACAUGGUAUGUUUAAUAGUUCAUUUGAAUGGAUUCCAUUGUCAAAGCUUUGUAAGGUGCAUCAAAAUGGUGGAAAGGUCUUUCAGUCUGUGUUGAAUGUUAACCCAUUUGUUCCCACAUUUUUCCCCAGACGUGCCACUAUGCAAAUCUUAUGCUAUUUAGUAACCCUAACAUGUAAUCCAUAUUGCUUUAAAAAAUAAUGAUAUUUGAAAAGUAUGUACAAAAAAAGAGUUUUAUUCUCAGUCACAAUUGUGACCGAUGGGAACAUACAGUGCUCUGCCUAAAAUAAAAUGAACAGACAUUUGCCCCAAUAUCUACUGUAUAUAUCUCCACCCACUUACCCACACACCUAAACCCAAUUACCCACACACCCCAGCCCUCUUACCCCCAUGCCCUAACCCUAACACCCACAUGCCAAUACCCUAAUAUUGAUACAAUCAAGUACCAAUACACCCAUAUCCUAGCCCUGAAUGCCCUAUUUGUUACUCAUAGACCCCAGUCCCUUUGCCAAUACACCUCAUCCUUGAUACUUGCCUAUCUCAGCCCUGUUACAAACUUUCCUUAGGCCUGUAUUCCCCAAGUCACCAACAGUAACCUGUAUCCAGAUAUUCGUUGCACACCCCAACCCUGUUAUUUGCAUAUCUUAGUCCUGUGAUCUCUGACCUGUAUACGCUAAUAAUUUAAUAGAUAAACUCACAGUACAGUGGUAUGUUGCCAGAAAGGAUUUGAAUGGGCAAUAGACAUCCAUCCAGACCCAUUACCUGUAUGAACCUUGUGUAUCCCUACACUCUUAGAAAAAAGGGUUCCGAAAGGGUUCUUUGUUCGGCUGUCCCUAUAGGGAAACUCUUUUUGGUUCGAGGUAGAAUCCUUUUGGGUUCCAUGUAGAACCCUCUGGAAAAGGUUCUACAUGGAAUCCAAAAUAGUUCUACCUGGAACCAUAUUAAUACAAACCAGUUUUACACCUGCACUUCUAACCCAAUAUUGAUUAAAAACAUUUUUUUUAAAACAGGUCUACUGCUACGUCAGCCCCAAUUGUCAUAAGAAAAUAGGUGUACUUCUGCAUUUUAGCCCCAAUAUUCAUGUAAACCAGAUCUACACUUGUACUUCAGCUCCGAUUUACAUACCUAUAAAGUAUGCACCUGUGUUUGAACCCAAUUAGUCAACUAAGCCAGGUCUAAAUGUGCCGAAGCCUGAAUACUGUCCCAAUAAACCAGGUCUACCCUUGUGACUAUUCAGCAAAACUCACAUAAACCAGGUCUACCAUUGUGCAAGAGACACUAAACAAACCUAUUAACAUUAAAUAUAUAUUUAUUACACAAAUUCAGUGUAUGGGUCUAUACAUGGCCAAUUCCCUCUGAAAUAACAAAAUAUGAUGUUUUACAGUCAGUCACUUAUUUAAACAAAUGUAAAGACUAAUGAAUAAUGGUAAAAUCCUAUUUAAGAUCAUCUUGAUCAGGUAUAUCCAUAACCCAACUCAACUUCAAUCUACUGAAAAAAAGUAAUAAUCUGCUAUGGUUAAAUAUACAUAAUACGUAAGAGCCAUUGGUCACGUGACCGCUUAAAUAUUUUCAUAUACCACGAGCAUCAUGAAUUAAAUGUAUUGAAAAUGAAGGCACAUAUGUAAACUACACCUUUUAAACAUAUUUACAAAUAAAAUAUUUGAAAGUUCCAACAAUGUAUUCAUUUUUUAAGCUGUUGAAUACUUCUGGUGCCAAAUUCGUCUGUAAAAGUACACCUUGGAGAUGUAUGCUUGUGGUCUUGUGACCAUUUUGAGAAGUCAUAUGAAACUUCUCAGAAUCAUACUAGACACCUUAACAAUGCAAAACAUAUGACUUAUUUGUUCAUAAAUACAACUUUAACUUCUCUAGAGCCUGUAAAGUAGAAAAGUUAUUUUUUUCACUAUUGUGACCGAUGGAAUCAAAUGGCUUAAAUGAAAAUCUGAAAUGAAGCAUAUUUCACAUUGUUCUGUCCUUGACUGACUGACUGACUGACUGACUGCAGCUAUUGAAAGUAGAACUGCAGGCAGCAGCACACCAUGGUGUUCUGGAUCAUUCUCCACUCCCCACCUCGUCCUCAGCUCAGAUAGUGCAGAGGCACUGUAAUGAGUUGGCAUUAUCUUAUUAUACUGAACCUUUUCGGUUCAAGUCUCUCUCUGUGUGCAUGUCUCUAUCUCUUUGCUCACUCACUCCUUCUCCCUCUCUUGGGUUUAUGGAUGUUUAUGAACGUUUUUGAUGUUAAAAAUUUUUGCCAACCAAGGCAAAAUAUAAAAUAUUCUCCCUCUCAUUCCAUUUCCCUCCCUCCCGCUCUCUCUCUGUCUCUCUGUCUCUCUGUCUCUCUGUGUCUCUGUGUCUCUGUGUCUCUAUGUCUCUCUGUCUCUAUGUCUCUCUAUCUCUGUCUCUGUCUGAAGUGGGUGAGUAUGUGAGUGAGGCCCUGUUGGUUCCAGACCGAUGCCGUUUCCUGCACCAGGAGCAGAUGGAUGCCUGUGAGAGCUACGUCUACUGGCACAACAUAGCCAAGGAGGUGCGGGCUGGGAUACAUUAUAUUAACUGAGAUUAUAUUAGAGUUAAUGAAAUUAUGCCUAAAUGAUAUUACAUUUUUCAAUUAAUUUCUUACGUUUUAAUUGGGUUUUAACACCGCUAUGACUCUUUAUAGAGAGUUAGCAUAGACUGCUAUGAGACAUUAAACUUGGACUUGGACUAAUUGAGUCAAUAACUAAACUGCAGUGUAGACUGCAGUAAAAGACUGGGGCUGGAAGCUAACUGUACCCAGCUGGGUGUAGUGUAACAGAUUGUAUCAUACUGCAUCAGCAGAGAGAGCUGCUAGGGGAGUUUAUUAUAUGCCAGGGAGGUGAGGUAGUUUAUUAGAGACCAGGGAGGUGAGGUAGUUUAUUAGAGACCAGGGAGGUGAGGUAGUUUAUUAUAUGCCAGGGAGGUGAGGUAGUUUAUUAUAUGCCAGGGAGGUGAGGUAGUUUAUUAUAUGCCAGGGAGGUGAGGUAGUUUAUUAUAUGCCAGGGAGGUGAGGUAGUUUAUAUAUGCCAGGGAGGUGAGGUAGUUUAUAUAUGCAGGGAGGUGAGGGUAGUUAUUAUAUGCCAGGGAGGUGAGGGUAGUUUAUUAUAUGCCCAGGGAGGGUGAAGUAGUUUAUUAUAUGCCAGGGAGGUGAGGUAGUUUAUUAGAGGCCAGGGAGGUGAGGUAGUUUAUUAUAUGCCAGGGAGGUGAGGUAGUUUAUUAUAUGCCAGGGAGGUGAGGUAGUUUAUUAUAUGCCAGGGAGGUGAGGUAGUUUAUUAUAUGCCAGGGAGGUGAGGUAGUUUAUUAUAUGCCAGGGAGGUGAGGUAGUUUAUUAUAUGCCAGGGAGGUGAGGUAGUUUAUUAUAUGCCAGGGAGGUGACGUAGUUUAUUAUAUGCCAGGGAGGUGAGGUAGUUUAUUAGAGGCCAGGGAGGUGAGGUAGUUUAUUAUAUGCCAGGGAGGUGAGGUAGUUUAUUAUAUGCCAGGGAGGUGAGGUAGUUUAUUAUAUGCCAGAGAGGUGAGGUAGUUUAUUAUAUGCCAGGGAGGUGAGGUAGUUUAUUAUAUGCCAGGGAGGUGAGGUAGUUUAUUAUAUGCCAGGGAGGUGAGGUAGUUUAUUAUAUGCCAGGGAGGUGAGGUAGUUUAUUAUAUUAUUAUAUGCCAGGGAGGUGAGGUAGUUUAUAUAUGCCAGGGAGGUGAGGUAGUUUAUUAUAUGCCAGGGAGGUGAGGUAGUUUAUUAUAUGCCAGGGAGGUGAGGUAGUUUAUUAGAGCCCAGGGAGGUGAGGUAGUUUAUUAUAUGCCAGGGAGGUGAGGUAGUUUAUUAUAUGCCAGGGAGGUGAGGUAGUUUAUUAUAUGCCAGGGAGGUGAGGUAGUUUAUUAGAGACCAGGGAGGUGAGGUAGUUUAUUAUAUGCCAGGGAGGUGAGGAAGUUUAUUAGAGGCCAGGGAGGUGAGGUAGUUUAUUAUAUGCCAGGGAGGUGAGGUAGUUUAUUAUAUGCCAGGGAGGUGAGGUAGUUUCUUAUAUGCCAGGGAGGUGAGGUAGUUUUAUUAUAUGCCAGGGAGGUGAGGUAGUUUAUUAUAUGCCAGGGAGGUGAGGUAGUUUAUUAGAGACCAGGGAGGUGAGGUAGUUUUUAUAUGCCAGGGAGGUGAGGCAGUUUAUUGGAGACCAGGGAGGUGAGGGCAGUUUAUUAGAGACCAGGGAGGUGAGGUUGUUUAUUAGAGGCCAGGGAGGUGAGGUAGUUUAUUAGAAACCAGGGAGGUGAGGUAGUUUUUAUAUGCCAGGGAGGUGAGGUAGUUUAUUAGAGGCCUGGGAGGUGAGGUCGUUUAUUAGAGGCCAGGGAGGUGAGGUAGUUUAUUAUAUGCCAGGGAGGUGAGGUAGUUUAUUAUAUGCCAGGGAGGUGAGGUAGUUUAUUAGAGACCAGGGAGGUGAGGUAGUUUAUUAUAUGCCAGGGAGGUGAGGUAGUUUAUUAGAGGCCUGGGAGGUGAGGUAGUUUAUUAGAGGCCAGGGAGGUGAGGUAGUUUAUUAGAGACCAGGGAGGUGAGGUAGUUUAUUAGGGGCCAGGGAGGUGAGGUAGUUUAUUAGAGACCAGGGAGGUGAGGUAGAUUAUUAUAUGCCAGGGAGGUGAGGUAGUUUAUUAGAGACCAGGGAGGUGAGGUAGUUUAUUAUAUGCUAGGUUGGUGAGGUAGUUUAUUAGAGACCAGGGAGGUGAGGUAGUUUAUUAGAGACCAGGGAGUUGAGGUAGUUUAUUAGAGGCCAGGGAGGUGAGGUAGUUUAUUAGAGACCAGGGAGGUGAGGUAGUUUAUUAUAUGCCAGGGAGGUGAGGUAGUUUAUUAUAUGCCAGGGAGGUGAGGUAGUUUAUUAUAUGCCAGGGAGGUGAGGUAGUUUAUUAUAUGCCAGGGAGGUGAGGUAGUUUAUUAUAUGCCAGGGAGGUGAGGUAGUUUAUUAUAUGCCAGGGAGGUGAGGUAGUUUAUUAGAGCCCAGGGAGGUGAGGUAGUUUAUUAUAUGCCAGGGAGGUGAGGUAGUUUAUUAUAUGCCAGGGAGGUGAGGUAGUUUAUUAUAUGCCAGGGAGGUGAGGUAGUUUUUUAGAGACCAGGGAGGUGAGGUAGUUUUUAUAUGCCAGGGAGGUGAGGAAGUUUAUUAGAGGCCAGGGAGGUGAGGGUACUUUAUUAUAUGCCAGGGAGGUGAGGUAGUUAUGAGAGCCCAUGGGAGGUGCGGUAGGUUUUAUUAAUUGCCAGGGAGGUGAGGUAGUUUUUUUAUAUGCCAUGGGAGGUGAGGGAAGUUUUAUUAUAUUGCCAGGGGAGUGAGGAAAGGUUUUAUUAUAUGCCAGGGAGGUGAGGUAGUUAUUAUAUUCGGCCAGGGAGGUGAGGUAGUUUAUUAUAUGCCAGGGAGGUGAGGUAGUUUUUAUAUGCUCCGGGAGGUGAGGAAGUGUUAUUAUAUGCCAGGGAGGUGAGGUAGGGUUUAUUAUAUAUCAGGGAGGGUGAGGUAGUUUUAUUAUAUGCCAGGGAGGUGAGGUAGUUAUUAGAGCCAGGGGAGGUGAGGUAGUUUUAUAUGCCAGGGAGGUGAGGUAGUUUAUUAGAGACCAGGGAGGUGAGGAUGUUUAUUAGAGACCAGGGAGGUGAGGUAGUUUAUUAGAGGCCAGGGAGGUGAGGUAGUUUAUUAGAGGCAGGGAGGUGAGGUAGUUUAUUAGAGGCCAGGGAGGUGAGGUAGUUUAUUAUAUGCCAGGGAGGUGAGGUAGUUUAUUAUAUGCCAGGGAUGUGAGGUAGUUUAUUAGAGGCCAGGGAGGUGAGGUAGUUUAUUAUAUGCCAGGGAGGUGAGGUUAGUUUAUUAGAGGACCAGGGAGGUGAGGUAGGUAGUUUAUUAUAUGCUAGGUUGGUGAGGUUGUUUAUUAGAGACUAGGGAGGUGAGGUUUGUUUAUUAGAGGCCAGGGAGGUGAGGUAGUUUAUUAGAGACCAGGGAGGUGAGGUAGUUUAUUAUAUGCUAGGUUGGUGAGGUUGUUUAUUAGAGACCAGGGAGGUGAGGUUGUUUAUUAGAGGCCAGGGAGGUGAGGAAGUUUAUUAGAGGCCAGGGAGGUGAGGUAGUUUAUUAUAUGCCAGAGAGGUCAGAGAGGUGAAGGUAGUUUAUUAGAGCCCAGGGAGGUGAGGUAGUUUUUAUAUGCCAGGGAGGUGAGGUAGUUUUUAUAUGCCAGGGAGGUGAGGUAGUUUAUUAUAUGCCAGGGAGGUGAGGUAGUUUAUUAGAGGCCAGGGAGGUGAGGUAGUUUAUUAGAGGCCAGGGAGGUGAGGUAGUUUAUUAGAGGCCAGGGAGGUGAGGUAGUUUAUUAUAUGCCAGGGAUGUGAGGUAGUUUAUUAGAGGCCAGGGAGGUGAGGUAGUUUAUUAGAGGCCAGGGAGGUGAGGUAGUUUAUUAGAGACCAGGGAGGUGAGGUAGUUUAUUAUAUGCCAGGGAGGUGAGGUAGUUUAUUAGAGGCCAGGGAGGUGAGGUAGUUUAUUAUAUGCCAGAGAGGUGAGGUAGUUUAUUAGAGGCCAGGGAGGUGAGAUAGUUUAUUAGAGACCAGGGAGGUGAGGUAGUUUAUUAUAUGCCAGGGAGGUGAGGUAGUUUAUUAGAGCCAAGGGAGGUGAGGUAGUUUAUUAGAGACCAGUGAGGUGAGGUAGUUUAUUAGAGCCAAGUGAGAUGAGGUAGUGUAUUAGAGGCCAGGUAGGUGAGGUAGUUUAUUAUAUGCCAGGGAGGUGAGGUAGUUUAUUAGAGCCCAGGGAGGUGAGGUAGUUUAUUAGAGGCCAGGGAGGUGAGGUAGUUUAUUAGAGACCAGGGAGGUGAGGUAGUUUAUUAUAUGCCAGAGAGGUGAGGUAGUUUAUUAGAGACCAGGGAGGUGAGGUAGUUUAUUAGAGGCCAGGGAGGUGAGGUAGUUUAUUAUAUGCCAGGGAGGUGAGGUAGUUUAUUAGAGCCAAGGGAGGUGAGGUAGUUUAUUAUAUGCCAGGGAGGUGAGGUAGUUUAUUAGAGACCAGGGAGGUGAGGUAGUUUAUUAGAGGCCAGGGAGGUGGUAGUUUAUUAGAGGCCAGGGAGGUGGUAGUUUAUUAGAGGCCAGGAAGGUGGUAGUUUAUUAGAGGCCAGGAAGGUGGUAGUUUAUUAGAGGCCAGGAAGGUGGUCGUUUAUUAGAGACCAGGGAGGUGGUCGUUUAUUAGAGGCCAGGGAGGUGAGUUAGGUUGUAGUUUUUAUAUCUCACCUUCAUCAUGCUGAGGAAGAGGUUACCCCCUGUUGUGUUUCCUUCACCUCCUGCUAGUUAGUUCCCUUUGAUCACGCUCACAUUUCCUCUCUUUUUCUAUACACCUCUGAUCUCUCUCUCGUUCACCUUGUUCUUUUCCAAUCUUGAUCCAUGUUUAACAGAUUUCUCAUCCUCUCUCUUUCUGUUUCAGGCCUGCACAGCAGACAGUCUGGAGCUGCAUAGUUAUGGGAUGCUGUUGCCGUGCGGCGACCGUUUCCGUGGGGUGGAGUAUGUGUGCUGCCCGGGGAGGGGCGGGUCCAGUGGCAGGGGGGAGACAGAGGGAGGGGACGCUCUCCCAGCAGGACACCAGGCCCUCACCCCUCAGGCCAAAGUCAAUACAGGGUGAGUCCCAUUACCCCUGCUGUCUGUGGUGAUGAUGGUGAUGAUGAUCAUAAUGUUUGACCUUGUACCCCAUUCCUAGAGUCAAAGUGACAACACCCACCCCGAGCCCCUCUCCUGACACCGAUGUGGACGAGACAGACAUGGAGGAGGAAGAUGAUGAGAUGGUGGAAGAGGAUGAGCAGGUGGAGGAAGAAGAAGAAGAGGAGGAGGAGGCAGUAGAGGAUGAAGAGGAGGAGGAGGAGGAGGAGGAGGUGCAGCAGGAGGUUGCAGCAGCAGUGAAAGACCCAGAGGAGUAUGAGUACUCCAUUGACUCUGGCCCCUACCAGGCUUCUGACUACACAGACUCCUUCUACUAUGAGAAAGGCCAGGGUCAGGCUGGUCGCAACCCCUCCACAUCCCCACCCCAGAUCAGGGGAGACAGCCGUGAGUAACCCUCUACCUUCUAUCUCACAGUUACAUCUUUGGCCUCUCCAGAAACAAUCCUUAGCCCCUACUUACCACCUCUCCACUAGAUCUGAGAGGAUUUCAUGGGCAUAAACUUUAUAGGAAUAUCACUUUGCCCUAGAUGGAAUUUUAUCCAUAUUGUCUAUAUUCUUACCUACAAAAGUGGAGAAGUGGGGUAUUGAGUAGUGGCUAGGUUUUGUGUCUGGUCUGGACCUUUCUCUCUAAAGGCCAGUCUCAGUAAGGGAAUGGACUGUAGUUGCUUCCCUUAGAGUGGUUAAUAGGGCAGUAAAAAUACUGGGUAAAUGCUGACAUCACUCUCCAAUCUCCCACUUACUCUUACUUACUGGGGAAUGAACUGUAGUGCCCAGUUAGCAUCUCCAAUACUUUCUCUCUCUCACUCUAUCUCUUUGUAAUAGACUAAGCAUGAUUACGCACACACACACACACACACUCACCAUGCCUAUCUGUCUGGCUGGAUGUAGGAGUUAGAUAGGAGUGGCUGGCUGAUGUAUUUACAGCACUACUCGUCUCCAACUCAAUAAUGCUGCCCACUCACCCUACUAUCUGGAUCAAUCUCUCUCUCUCUCUCUCUGGGUAAUGGCAAUGAUUGGGAUAUCUUUCUGUCUUCCUCAUCCUCCCCUCUGUCUUUCAUUCUGCUGCACUGACUAUACCUCCAUCUCUCCUCUCUCUCUUCUCUCCUUCUCUGUUUUCCAUCCUUUAUUCUGCCUCCCUCCCUCCAUCUAUCUCUAUCCUCUCUCUCGUCUCUCCUUCUCUGUUUUCCAUUCUUUAUUCUGCCUCCCUCCAUCUAUCUCUAUCCUCUCUCGUCUCUCCUUCUCUGUUUUCCAUUCUUUAUUCUGCCUCCCUCCAUCUAUCUCUAUCAUCUCUCUCCCUCCAUCUAUCUCUAUCCUCCCUCUCUCUCCCUCCGUCUAUCUCUAUCCUCUCUCUCCCUCCAUCUAUCUCUAUCCUCUCUCUCCCUCCUCUCGUUCCCCUCUUCUCUUUAUCCCCUUCUCCUCCUUCUCCUCUGCAGUGCCCACCCCUCGCCCCACAGAUGGUGUGGAUGUUUACUUUGAGAUGCCAGGGGACGACAGCGAACACGCCAACUUCCUGCGUGCCAAGAUGGACCUGGAGGAGCGGCGAAUGAAACGCAUCAAUGAGGUAAGGGGGGCAGAAAGGCGGGUUUGGACAGGCAAUGAACCAAUAAGAUGAGGCCAGGUCUGCUGUGCUGUUUCCAUAUCUGUGAUCUCCUACAGAACACACUGUUGACAGACGGGGGCAAAUUGCUCUGGGACUUGAAGUGAGGUCUUAAUGCAAUAUUAAUAUAUUGGGAGAAUCUCAAUUGCAUACUCCUCGUGUCCUCUCUCCUCAACUCCUUCUCAAAACCCAUUGGUGGAGAAGGUCAGAGGGGAGGGACCGCUGGCUUUCUCAUCCAGGAGAGUGGACGUGAGGAGUAUGCAAUUGAGAUUGUCCCACUGUUUACUUCAAGUGAACCAAGCCAAGUGAAUACCCAAGAUCAGGCAGACUUUUUUAGUAGCUGCAGAUUGAGACGGAUAUGGAGCAUUUUAAACAUCAGAAUGGUCCUCAGUGGAUUCCUGUCUAUGAGGAAAUCAGUACUUGGCUCUGAGUGUGUGUGAAUGACGUUAACUCAUCUUGCCUUUUCAGAUCAUGAAGGAAUGGGCUGAGGCUGACAACCAGUCCAAGAACCUGCCCAAGUCUGACCGCCAGGCCCUUAAUGAGGUUAAGGAGGUGGAAUAGGAAGAGGAGGGGAUGGAAGAAAGGAGAACGGGAUUAAAGAAGGAAGAAAAGAUGAGACAGAUACUCAUAUGCCUAUUAACGCAACGAUUAUCCCCUUCUCCUCUCCUCUCCCCCCAGCAUUUCCAGUCUGUGUUGCAGACUCUGGAGGAGCAGGUGGCAGGGGAGAGACAGAGGCUGGUGGAGACCCACCUGGCCCGCGUGGUGGCCACCCUCAACAACAACCGCAGACUGGCCUUGGAGAGCUACCUGACCGCCGUGCAGGCCGAGCCCCCACAGGUCAGUAGACAGCAGCGGCAGCAGGGAUAUCUACAUUUUGUUAAGCAGAGCGCAUGACUGUACAGAACUGCAACGCUGCUGGGUUUUUCACAUUCAACAAUUUCCUGUGUGUAUCAAGAAUGGUCCACCACCCAAAGGACAUCCAGACAACUGUGGGAAGCAUUGGAGUCAACAUGGGGCAGCAUCCCUGUGGAGCGCUUUCAACACCUUGUAGAGCCCAUGCCCCAACUAAUUGAGGCUGUUCUGAGGGCAAAAGAGAGGGUGCAACUUAAUAUUAGGAAGGUGUGCAUCACAGUGCUUAAGGCAUCACUACAGCCCCGGGUUCAAUCCCAGGCUGUGUCACAGCCGGCCGUGACCGGGAGACCCAUGAGGCGGCGCACAAUUGGCCCAGCGUCGUCCGGGUUAGGGGAGGGUUUGGCCGGCCGGCCGGGAUUUCCUUGUCCCAUCGUGCUCUAGCGACUCCUUGUGGCGGGCUGGGCGCCUGCAAGCUGACUUCGGUCGUCAGUUGGACGGUGUUUCCUCCGACACAUUGGUGCGGCUGGCUUCCGGGUUAAGCGAGCAGUGUGUCAAGAAUCAGUGCGGCUUGGCAGGGUCGUGUUUCGGAGGACGCAUGGUUCUCGACCUUCGCCUCUCCCGAGUCCGUAGGGGAGUUGCAGCGAUGAGACAAGACUGUAACUACCAAUUGGCUAUCAUGAAAUUGGGGAGAAAAAAUAGGUAAAAGUAAAAAAAAAAUAUUAGGAAGGUGUUCCUUAUGUUUGGUAUACUCAGUGUAUAUUUGUUAGUCAGAGAGUGUGAGUGUACUGUAGUGUAUUGUUCAUUUCUACCACACUUUCUCCACCCCCUCCAUUCUCUGACUAUAAUUUCCCUCUCCUCUCAACAGCCCGAGCGGGUGCUGCAGGCUCUGAAGCGAUACAUGGCAGCAGAGCAGAAGGACCGCAGACACACUCUGAGACACUACCAGCACAUUGAGGCCGUCGACCCCCAGAAGGCUGAGCAGAUGAAGUUCCAGGUGUGAAAUGAAAACAUACUGGAAUAUACUAGGAUGAAAAUAUACUGGAAUAUACUAGGAUGAAAAGAUACCGGAAUAUAUUAGAAUGAAAAGAUACUGUGCAUCUUCCUUAAGCAGUGAUGCUGCCUCAUGCUCAUAAAAUAACUCUUAAAGGGGCAAUCAGCAUUUGAAACAACAAAAAAGUGUGUCCCUGCCCCUGUUUCGGUAAAAAGCUGAGGGAUCGGGCUGGAGAAAUGUAACCACUCUCAAAUUCAUAGACAGAGCUAUGGAUGCUAUGAUUGACCAUUCAUGAUAUCAAAAUUAUAGUUUUAAUCAUGUUUUUGAGGCUAUUGGGGUAAAACAAGCUUAUAUGUUGGGUUCUAAUGGGGUACCACAGUUGAACUAAUCUCAUGAGGCUUAAGUUAUAUUCUUCAAGAAUCAAUGCGUACAUAUCAUUUAUUUAUAAGUCCAGAAAUGCAUGUAGCAACUGCAGAUUGUCCCUUUAACAAAAUGAUCAAUAACUGAUGUCAUAAUCAUCCUUCACAGCAAAACUCAUUUUCAUUUCUCUUCUAAAUGCCAAUACAUAAAACCAACACAUGACUCUUUCAGACUCAGUAGGGACUUUGUCUUGUAAUGAACCUAACCAGCAUUGAUCGCUUGGUGUUGCAGGUCUACACCCACCUCCAUGUGAUUGAGGAGAGGAUGAACCAGAGCUUGGCUUUACUCUACAAGGUCCCUGCCUUGGCUGAGGAGCUGCACGAUGAUAUCCGUAUGCUACACUCCUCUCUACCCUCCUGUUAGCCAUGUAGACAAGGAUGUGGGGUUACUGCCCCUGUCCUAAUAUUAAUGUUUUAGUUCAUUCAUAAGACAUUUCGAAAGAGAUAAGCUAGCAUUUAUCAUGAUGUCUUUUGUAAGACAUUCAAAGUUCCAAAUACAAAUGUAUCUAAUUGCUAGGCUAUUAUUAUCUUGACAUUUCUCUAGGGAACUCUCAUUCAGAAAAUAAAGGAUUGGUGUAUAUAAGGUGUAAAUAACGCAGUGUAACCGUAAAGACAUUAUACUGUACUGUAUAUGAAGCUGGGUAGCACUUUAGUUUAUUGUAUUUCUCUAAACACCUUUCCUGUUUUUAAAACCUGCUUGUUUCUCUCCCUCCCGGUAGAGGAGCUGGUGAAGGCGGAGCGAGGAGACAUCAGUGAGCUCAUGACAACUUCCUUCUCUGAGACACGCACCACCGAGGAGCUGCUUCCUGCCGAGAGUGAGGAGGAGAAGGAUGACGAAGAGGAGGAGGAGAGAGCCUUCCAGAACAGGCCCUACCCACCCCGCAUCGGUACGGACACACACACACACUCAUGAAUGAGCGCAUACACACAAAAUGUCUCCUCUUCAAAUUAUAAUAAUAUAAUAAUAAUAAUAAUAUAAUAUAAUAUAAUAAUAAUAAUAAUAAUAAUAAUAAUAAAUAAUAUAAAAUGCCAUUUAGCAGACGCUUUUAUCCAAAGCGACUUACAGUCAUGCGUGCAUACAUUUUUUGUGUAUGGGUGGUCCCGGGGAUCGAACCCACUACCUUGGCGUUACAAGCGCCGUGCUCUACCAGCUGAGCUACAGAGGACCACAUUGUUGAGGACCAAAUUGUUCAGGAAUUAAUUCAUUUCUUUGAAUACAAGCAGUAAGUUAACAUUUUAUUUUUGUAUCUUGUUUCUGUCCUGUCUAGACCCACAGCCCAACGCUAAGAAAGGUGAGUUAAAGGGAAGGGACAUGAAGUCUGAUAUUUGUCUGCCAAAAUGUCAUUUUCAAAGAAAGAAGUAGUUGAUCAUGGCUGAAUCUGUGUGUUUUCUGCCUCUGCACUCAGCCUCUACAGACGAGUAUGACUAUGCCACAUCUGAGAGAAGCCCCACAUAUGAAUAUGAGGAGAAAGUGAGAAAAAUCGAUUGUUUUUUUUUAUUACAAACGUACACAUCACUUUACAGACAUGGCUUCCUACUUGCACUUGUGUUUACAACACAGCCAAGAGUUACGCUGACACAUUAUGUAAAUCACCUCAUCUCUCCUUCUCUCCCUCCAUCCCUUCCCACUUUGUAUCUCACCCCCUCAUGUGUAUAUGGAAAAAUAGCUUGUGUCGCAAUGCAGCCUCCACGUGAUGAACUGCUACAUUUUUACUCCAUUACUAUAACAUCCUCUCACAGCAGGAAGGCAACUCCCAUAGAGAUAUAUUUAAUGGGUUCUAUUUAAUUCUGGGUACUUUCUCUGUAAUGACCUAUUAAAUACCCCCCCCUCUCUCUCUUCUUCUCUUUCUCUUCUCUUCCUCUUCCCUCUCUCGCUCUCACUCUCACUCUCUAGAUUAACACCUCUGUGGAGCUCAAGCAGGUGGUCUACAAGUCUCCUGAGAUCCAGACAGAUGAACUGGUGAGUCUGCUACAUAGAUAACACUGUGUCUGGAUGGGCUGGGCUGGGCGGACCCUUCCUCUCCUGUGGUAUUGUAAGUCAUUCCCAUGAUGAUAUCAACCUCUAAUUUCUCCAUCCUCCCCUCUUUGUGCCCUCUCUUCCCCUUUUCUGUUUCUGUCCUUAGCAACCUGACGCCCUGGAGACGUUCAACCGCGGGGCCAUGGUGGGGUUGCUGGUGGUCGCCGUGGCCAUCGCCAUGGUGAUGGUGAUCAGUCUGUUGCUGGUGCGCAGGAAGCCGUACGGCACCAUCAGCCACGGCAUCGUGGAGGUAGGAGGCAGGGAAUCAGACAGAACAAACACCUGCUCACGUUCAGAUGCUGCCAGUAGAGCUCUUUAUUGCACAUUAGUGUGUGGGUUUAAAUAUUGUUUUGAUUUAUCUGAUCAUCAGACAUCAAGGCUUCCUCCGAUCUCAAUGUCAUAAACCUUCUUCCUUGAUCAUCCAUCAUGAUCAUCAUCCCUUCCAGUUCCAUUACUCUCACAAUUUAUUGAUUUGUUGAUGUUUGUUUAUACUUGUGUACGCACAGCUUUUAGCUGCCAUGUAUGCAAAAUAAAACUAAACUAAACACAAUCAAUAAAUAAAUAAAAUGUAUGUUAUAAACCCCUUUUUACAUCAGCAGGUGUCACAAAGUGCAUUACAGAUACCCAGCCUAAAACCCCAGAGAGCAAGCAAUGCAGAUGUAGAAGCACAGAGGCUAGGAAAAACUCCCUAAAAAGCAGGAACCUAGGAAGAAACCUAGAGAGGAAUCAGGCUCUGGGGGUGGCCAGCUCUCUUCUGGCUGUCCCAGGUGGAGAUACAUGUUGGCCAUUCAAGAAGUUCAAACGUUUCAUAGAUGACCAGCAGGGUCAAAUCAUAACCAUGGUGGCUAUAGAGGGCGCAACAGAGCAACACCUCAGGAGUAAAUGUCAGUUGGCUUUUCAUAGGCAGGUAUUCAAAGUGUCUCUCCCUGCAGCAGCACGUAGGAGAGACCCUUUAUGCUUAUAGCACAGUAGUGUCCCCUCCUUCCUGCUUAUAGUACUUCCUUAUACAGUAGCACUUCCUUGUACUGUAUCUGUAUCAGUAUUACCUUUGACCCUCCGUGUCUCACAGCAGGUUGACCCCAUGCUGACACCAGAGGAGCGCCAACUCAACAAGAUGCAGAACCACGGCUACGAAAAUCCCACCUACAAAUUCUUUGAACAAAUGAACUGA